AUGACGUGGAUUGACCGUGACCGCCGCCCGGCGGCAGCCGUGACUUACGGUUUUACUGAAAAACUGAACCAGCCGCCGAUUGCUUAUGACGAUAAGCCGAAAUGCGGGGACGCCGGGGAGACAGGAAAUAUCUUGCCAGAUGAAACAGAGCAACAAGAUGAAAUGGAGCAACAGGACAAGGUAAGUGAAACCUCAGUGUUCAGCUAGUGGCAGAGGAGAUUUGCACGGACCGGAAGUUCGGUUAUGCAAAUCUCAAGACCUGAGCCGGUAGCAGGUGAAGGGCUGGAGCUCCUUAAGAAGGGGAACCAAGCCCCUCCCACAACUUCAGGCCCUGCCUUCCAUAUAUAUAUGAUAUAUUUUUUUAAUGUAUUAAUGUUUUUAUUUUUUCUUACUUUUUCACCAGCAGGGGGACUGCCUGUCAGUUCAAGCAGUACCCUUGCUGGCAGCACCGUGGACACCUCUUUUAGAGCGGUCACGUGGCCCCUAGGGGUCUUAAAUUGGAGAGGGAGGACUGUCUGGGCUGAGACGGUCCCCCUCAGAAGCAGACCGAUCGCCGGCGGGGAAACGGUGACGAUCGGUAAGUACAUGGGGGUUGGGGGGAGAGGGAGGAUAGAGGUUAAACAAUAUGUGUCUGUCAAUAUGUGUGUGUGUGCAAUGGUGGAACUAGAGUAGAGAAGGCUCUGGCACAAGGAUUUUUCGGUACCUGCCCCUAUUGCAAGGAUGGCCAAAUGGUAGAUCCUUAUCUGUCAUAAAACUCCCACAAGCCCUUGCUAGUUGGUGAUCUACCAUUUGCCCAUCCUUGCAGGGUUGUAUUUAGCAUUGCAUUUGGAUGGAGUAUGUGUAUACAGCGAUACUAGUACAAUAAAGUGAGCUUGUCACAACACACAUAUAUCUAUAAAAUAUAUAAAGCUGAGUACAAUACAGAGAAAACCAUACAUCAAACCUAACUGAGAAAAAAUAGAGAUGUCAUAUACAAAACUGGGCACAACAUAUUGAUACCCCAAAAAAAAAAUAAAAAAAAAAAUGCAGAACUGGGCAGACUACACAGAUACCCAUGCAACAGGCAGAGCUGGGUAAAAUAUAGAGAUUCAACACACAGAGCUGGGCACAAUAUGGCGCUACCCAUAACUAUCCCACACAGCCAGGAUCCCUGUGAUGGAUUACACAUAGCUGCAAUACAGAGAUACCUGCAUAGUACAUAUCUCUGUAACAGGCUUAGUUCUCUCUCUUCCAAAUCCUCUCUUAGUAGCCCCAUUCCAGAUCUCAUCUUCAGUAAUGUUCCUGUUAUGAUAACUUUAGCUUUCUAGUAAAUAUUACUUCUAUUAUGAAAUAUGUCAGCUGCUCCAUUUUCGUUCCGCACACAAUGUGCACAUGCUUAAGGCAACAGAAUACUCAUAGACUUUAAUGAUAUCAGCUACUCCUGACUCACUAUUAACUCUCAGCACACAGAGUGCAGAGGGUUAAACAGCAGGUUAUACUGAUAUAUCCCUUAAUAACUUUGCAGCUGGCAAUUUGAUCAAUCUGCAGUGUCAAUAUGGAGCCAAGAAGUAGCUGACAUGGUUACCAGAAGCAACAAUCAUUACACAUUGAAAUAAGAAUUAGUUCAGUCUUCAGAGUCACAGCCCCAGUCCUGCAGCUUGAAGUUUCACAACGUUUGAACUAGACACAACAUGAGUGUCUCUGGUUGUAACUGUAGUGUGACUGAGCACUUCAGAGAAGAUGGUGAGUAUAUGCAGUACAAGUAAUUUAAAACUAUUAGUGAUAGGCAAAACAGUGCUCUGUGUCAGAAAUAUCAUAGAAACAUAGAAAGUGACGGCAUAUAAGAACCAUUCGGAUCAUCUAGUCUGCCCAAUUUUCUAAAUACUUUCAUUAGUCCCUGGCCUUAUCUUAUAGCUAAGAUAGCCUUAUGUCUAUCUCAAGCAUGCUUAAACUCCUUUACUGUGUUAACCUCAACCACUUCAGCUGGAAGGCUAUUCCAUGUAUCCACUACCCUAUCAGUAAAGUAAUACUUCCUGAUAUUAUUUUUAAACCUUUGCUCCUCUAAUUUAAGACUGUGGUAGUUUUUCUUCUUUUAACCCCUUAAGGACACAUGACAUGUGUGACAUGUCAUGAUUCCCUUUUAUUCCAGAAGUUUGGUCCUUAAGGGGUUAAAUAUAGUCUUCUCCUUUACUGUGUUGAUUCCCUUUAUGUAUUUAAAUGUUUCUAUCAUAUCCCCCGUGGCUAUACAUGUUAAGAUCUUUUAACCUUUCCUUUUAUGUUUUAUCCUGCAUUCCAUGAACCAGUUUAGUAGCCCUUCUCUGAACUCUCUCUAAAGUAUAAAUAUCCUUCUGGAGAUACGGUCUCCAGUACUGCUUACAAUACUCCAAGUGAGGUUUCACCAGUGUUCUGUACAAUGGCAUGAGCAUUUCCCUCUUUCUACUGCUAAUACCUCUCCCUAUACAACCAAGCAUUCUGCCAGCAUUUCCCAUUGCUCUAUUACAUUGUCUGCCUACCUUUAAUUAAUCAGAAAUAAUUACCCCUAAAUACCUUUCCUCAGAUGUUGAGGUUAGUACUCUAUCAAAUAUUCUGUACUCUGCUCAAUAUCCCCCUUCCUUUGUUAACCCUGAGCUUCUUGGGAAUUUUAUUAAUUAAUUGUAUAUUUGAGUAAAUUCCCUUGCUUGAUCAGCCCUCAAAAGGACCUCAGAUGGGGCUAUUGGGAGAGAAAAAAAAAAUAUAUAUUUACAUUUAGAAGAGGCCAGCAACUGCUGCUUCUAAGAUUGAUUCUUGCUUCUCUCUCUUGUGGGUACUGUAAGACCACCCUCUGGUGCUGUUAGCUAAUGAUGCCCCCUGAAUAGAGGCCAAUAUCAUGCUUCCACUCCUGGGUUAGCUGGCUCUGGUGCCCGAAUGAGCUAGAAUUAUUAAACUAGAGGCAGGUAGCACUCAGGCAGACUUUACCUAAUGUCUGUCUGUCUAUCGACUGGGACACAGGCCAAGCAUUGUUUCCUGGUCUUUACUUGCCCUGGUUUAAAUAUAGUCCAACUGAAAAUAUACAACAAUCUUAAAAGAGCACACUCAAAGGACUUUGUAGGUAAUUUCAAAAUUAUUGCUUUAUUGUGCAGUAGUGAUGUACCGAACGGUUCGCCAAACGGUUUGCCGAAUGGUUCGCCACGGACUCAUCAUUGAGUAAACUUUGACCCUUUACCUCACAGUCAGCAGACACAUUCCAGCCAAUCAGCAGCAGACCCUCCCUCCCAGACCCUCUCACCUCCUGGACAGCAUCCAUUUUACAUUCAUUGUGAAGCUGCAUUCUUAGUGAGCUGUCCAGGAGGUGGGAGGGUCUGGAUGGGAGGGUCUGCUGCUGAUUGGCUGGAAUGUGUCUGCUGACUGUGAGGUACAGGGUCAAAGUUUACUCAAUGAUGAGUCCGUGGCGAAUCGUUCGUGGCGAACCGUUCGCGAACCGUUCGGGACAUCACUAUUGUGCAGUGUAGCAUGCUUUAUAUGUAUUAUACUGCACAAUAGAGCAGCAAUAUUGUCAUUUACUUACUAAGUCCUUUGAGUGUGCUCUAUGGAGAUUGUUGAAUAUUCUAACAUGCAGUCAAAUGUGACACUCAACAUUCCUCUAACCAGUUAAGGUAUUUCAAGUGUUCCAGCUCAGAUGGUGCAACUAAUGAAGCCCUUUGUUAGUUGCAUCAAGUGUGCUUGAGACAACACCUGUUUAGCAUAUUUGUGUUGGGAUUCUAUUCAGGGGGUUGAAUAAUUUUGAGACUGAAGAAAUCAUUAUAAGUUACGUUUUCAGUUGAAUUUGGGGAAACCACAUGAAGCAUUUGUUGUGUUAAGCUAUUGCAAUAGCUUUUGUUUGAUUUGUUCAUUGCAAACAGCUGGAAGUCUAUAAAUUUUGACAAUGUAUAUCUAAUUUUUACAACUGUUAAAGUUUAUAUAGACAAGAGCAUAAAUAACUGCAUAAUAUAUGAGAGUGUAAACAUCCUAUAUUCUAUUGACUAACAGGCAAGAUCCAAUCCACAACCAACUGUCAAAUAGACCAAGGGCAGAUAAUAAAACAGAGGAAGUAAAACAGAGUAAGAACUUUUAUUCUGAGGUAUAAGUACACUUUACCUGCACUCUGUGAUAUAUUAUAUCUUAGUAACCAUGAAAUUUAAUUUUUCUGAUACAUUUGCUGAAUUAUUUCCUAGUUUCAUACCUGACAGAACAAAGUUACAUAGUGUACAAUCAAAAUGUUCAUUAGCUUUUAAGUAUAGCAAUUCAAAGAUUAUGGACGGGUGAAAAAUUUUGUCAAAAAAUGAGAAGCAUGAAAAAAUUGUUACUUUUUGUGUCCAAUGGAAGUUAGCGGGGAAAAAAAUGCUUGCAUUAUUUAUUUAUUUUUUUAAAUUGUUUUUGUUUAUUUGUUUUAUAAUUAGUACUUUUUGUAUACCGGAAUAAAUUAGUCAUGCAUAAUUUCUCCCAUGAAAAUUAUAUAAAAUAUACUAUCAAAAAAUGUAAUAAUCUAACAAUUUUAUGUACAAUAUAAUGUGAAUUGCUCCUGCCCUUAUAUCUAAUUCACUAUCUUAUUCUACUCAUGAAGAAUACCGCAAACAAUCUCUAUUAGCUCUACUAAGUUUAUAUAGUGCAUGGUAACAAAUAUGUUAUAACAUAUGAGUCUCUCCCAAUAUUGAACAGACUGUCUUCAGGUAAAUUUGAUUACAAGAAAUAUUCUGUGUAUUUUCUUUUUAUUAAAUAGAAAUACAUUGUAAUCUCAAAAAAAAAAUCAAAAACAUAUUUUAAUGAAAUACAAUAAGUAUAAAUAAAUGCCCAAAAUAGCACGUAAUGUAUUGAUAAAUGUGCAAAACCAGUGCGCAAAAUAUAUUUACAUAUUGUGUGCAGCCACAAUAAAAAUGUUGUGACAAAACAAAAAUAGUAAAUAAAACUUAUAAAAUGGUGUGCAGAUAUAUUUAAAUAUAUUUAUCUAGUAUAUUCUUUUCUAUAUUCAACCUAAAAAUGUAAAUAUAUAUAUAUAUAUAUAUAUAUAUAUAUAUAUAUAUUAGUAGGAUGCAUAUAGAAAUUGAUCGACGUUUCGACCCUGCCGAAAAAGACCCGGCAGGGUCAAAACGUUGAUUGAUUUCUGUAGGCAUCCUUUUAAUUAAUAAAGCACUAUUUUCACCAUUUGGAAGACCUGUGAGUGCAUCCCGUUUUUUAUCUAUUCUACAUAUUGGACGAUUGUGGACACAGCACCCAGGCAAGAUUUUUUUUUUUAUUUUAUAUUGGAAGGAGAGUGCCAAGCCUCUAUUGCUAAUAUAUAAGUCCUGUUGUCUCCUUGCACACACACUUCAAUAAAUUUCUGCCUGGUGCUGUCAAGCCAAUGCCAAAAUAUACACAAAUAUAGGGAACAAGAGGCAAGCACUCACGGUCUUUUGAUCUCUUUUAAAACGAUUUUCUUUAUUUCAUUGGUUAAAACUUGAUCGACGUUUCAGCCACACUUCAUGGCUUUCAUCAGGAUCUUUACAGCUCCAGCUGUAAAGAUCCUGAUGAAAGCCAUGAAGUGUGGCUGAAACGUUGAUCAAGUUUUAACCAAUGAAAUAAAGAAAAUCGUUUUAAAAGAGAUCAAAAGACCGUGAGUGCUUGCCUCUUGUUCCCUAUAUUUGUGUGUGUGUGUAUAUAUAUAUAUAUAUAUAUAUAUAUGUGUGUGUAUAUAUAUAUAUAUAUAUAUAUAUAUAUAUAUAAAAACAGAAAUACAAAAUAAAAAUAGCAAACAAAACCUCCAAAGGAGUAUCACUUUCAAAAAAGAAUGAUUAGCAACUCCACACGAUACUAUAAUGCUUGGUUUCAGCCGGCCAAUUAAUUUCACUGUAUGUGAGUUUAUACUCCCACACAGACAUGGUUUUAUGCUUUAUUGGUGGUUUGGGAAUCUGCCUUCCUUAAAAUAGCAGCAUACUUAUAUUUUGAUUAUUUUUAUGAAUGCUACAAUUUCACCUCUACUGAAUGAUACAAAAUCUGAAACGUGCUACUACUUUCAUUUUUUUGAAAGGUACACAUGGUAAUAUUUAAUAAAUUAUACCCAUUCUCACAUUUAUUUUUUAAACAACAAAAUGUUAUAUAUAUAUGUAUAUACACAAUUGUACAAUAUUUGUACUAGGGUAUACUUUACAUCAAUCAAUACAGAAAUUUUAAGUUUUUAUUUGUUUUAUUUCAUGAACUAGCUACAUGUUGUGCUUUAAUUAAAUGUUAUGUUUGAUUGCAUUUCUAAAGAACUGAGUAGUGAAAGAGUUCAUUAUUUUACCGCCCUUGCCAUUAGCAAUUCUGCAUCUUGAUAUUUAUAGACAACGUGCUAUCUUUCAAUACUGAAAUAAUUUAAAAGGGCUGCGUUCCAUUUUUUUUAAUGGAAACAUGAAGCUGAAGCACACUACUCUUCUUUUUCAAUUAUUAACAAAGCUCUUACUCUGUUUAAAAGGCUCACACAUCACCAGCUUGGUGGGUGUCCACUAGAUUUAAUUUCUUAAAAGCAAGAGGAAUUUGUGUAGGCAUGUGUUCCACCAGAUUACGCUCUCUCAAAGCCAUUUUUCUUAUUGACCAGUUUAUUAAUUGGACCCCUGGCAUCAAGAUGCUUUGGAAGUUUGGUUAUAUCAUAGUAUUUCUCUAAGUGCUGCUCUGUAGAACUAGGGAUAUUGCAAUCACAAUGUGGUUAUUUACAUUAAUCGAAACUGCAAGAGACAGCAUAAAUCUACAAUGUUUCACACACUGAUAUUAAUUGUAUUAUUUUAGCAGUGUUUUAAAUACAUUAUUGCUGGUUGAAUGCACCAUGACACACAAGAUUUGUCCUAAAUUUUGAGUGCACAGUAAUGAAUUACAUCUCAAUUUGUAUAUAUAAUUUUCUUUUAAAGUCUAUCCAUCAAGAGCAACUUGGGCUAAAAUUAAAGAAUAUUACAUUUAAUUUAUCAUUUGUGCUACCAGAAAUGCUAUUAUUAUUAUUUUAUUAUUUAUAUAGCGCCAACAAAUUCCGUAGCGCUGUAUAAAACAUUGUCCCCUCCAAAUCUGUCAAUCAAUUCUUGGGUUAGAUCUGUCUGUAGGCAACUUACAGGUUUAAGGUGAGGAUUGUGUGACACAGCAGAGCAGGAGAACACUCCUCCAGGUGGUUCUCCUGCUCUUUGUCACUAUGCUGCUCCCCAAGCAAGCUUUUCUUGUGAUUGCUGUGGAAAUAUAGAAUGCAUUAAGGUCAAUGUGCUUGCUGUGAAGCACGCACGCUUACUGUCAUUAGAAAAACUUGCAUUUAAUGGGUAAAAUAGAAGAGACAAGAUAUCAGCUGAGGGUGAAAGGAGACAUUUGCUCACAGAAGCUCCAAGAAUUUCAAUGCUGAACUAGUAGCCAGCAGUUAAAUAACAGAAUACCUUCUCUGAAAGCAAAUAACUAUAUAUCAUUUUUCGCUAAGAUACAUUAUAUAUUCACUGACUUAGGAGCUGGUAUAUGUUAUAGUGAGCUGGUCAUGAUAGGAUCACAUUUCAAGUUCAUUAGAGUCUCUCUCUGUCUCUCUCUCUUUAUUUUUUUAACUUUGAACUAAUAAAUCAAGGCAUAUUGAAUGCCAGAAUCAUACUGAUUUCUCUGAAUACUAUAACAGCAUGCCAGAAAAGUGUGAUGAACAGGGUUUCAGUUUGAACAUAAGGAUUGAAAGUUUAGUCAUGUGAAAACAUUUUUUUAAGAUGUUCGACUACACCUUGUUGCUGCCAAGUAGAAAAUCUACUUGCAAGAGCUUUUUUUGUGUGUUAUCUAGAUAAUGUCAGCUGCAACCUUUUAACAUUACGGGAGUUUCACCAUAUUUAUAACAUAUGUUUUAACAUAUGGGAGAUGUUCAGCUUUCAGGUAGAAUUUAAUGCAUGCUAGUUUUUACUAUGUUUACAGUUUUUUUAACUGAUAAUCUUCCUGAGAAUAUGUUCUUUUCGACAAGGGUCUUGUGAGUCCUGGUGACACUCCAUUUUGUUGGACUCAUCACAAAUGGAUGCCUUGAACUGUCCUGGUGCUCUAGGCACCCAGUCAGCAUAUCAAAGUGAACAGCCACAGUGGCUUCACGGACAAAUACCAUGUAUGUGGGCACAUGUGGUAUGCAUGUUGCUAUUUUUGCGGUAUUUGGCUCCGCCUUUCCUUCUUGGCUGAGAUAAUCAGAAUUGAUGAUGGGAAAGCAUUGUGAUUGGCUGAGAUCAUCAAUCACUUUUGUGUUCUUGACACUAUAGUGUUCCUUUAAAUAUCUAAUGACCCUAACAUUUUAAUAUACUGUAUACUAGCUUUAGAUUACCAUGUCUCCCCUCAUCCUCUUCCCCUACCCUCAUAGGCAUAGGCAUUUGAUUCACAUUUUGUUUGUUUGGUCUCAUGUCCAUGCAAGUGUUAGAAGGAGAUAAUAUCAAUGCCAUUCUAAAUGUGCUAGUAAUGUAGAACAGAUAACGGUUGCAUUAUCUUUUCAGUACAUUCAGGAUUUAUGUAUCACUUACCGUCUCCUUGCACUUAUUGCCAUGGCACUGCUGUAAUAAUAUUGCAUGUAUGGAUCUAUCUUUCACAAAAAAGUAAUAAAAUUGCAAGUCGGAAAAAAACUUUACAGAAAAUGAAUUCUUGUCUUGAGUUUUAAAACAUACUAGGAAAUCUUCUAUCUAAACCAAGUAUAUUAAACAUAUUGUAAAAAAAUUGCUCCAAACCUUUCUCUGACCCAUAAUUAAAUCUAAUUUUGUUGCUCCUUUAUUCAGAUUCUACAUCAAACUGACUCAUAUGAUUGGCCAUUGUGCCCAACUGUAGCUCGUGCACAGUGCAGUGACUUCAUUACCAAUCAUUCUUUUCACAUACUGCAGCAGGACAGAGUGUGAGAUAUUGCUGUGACAAAUUCUGUUCCAAGAAAACAGAGGUCCUCCACAGCACCUGAACUCCACCACAAUCCACUCUCUCAUCAUACAGAAAUGCAGAUCCCUCUGGGAUGCCUCCCUCCAUCCCUACAACAUUGUAGCUCCGCCUCUUUCCCUUGCUAUCAAGACCAUGUUCCCAGUAAAUGAACCCCAUCGUCCAGCCUCUGCUUCUCUGCCUGAGUGUAUUCCCUCUGUGUCUGAUUCACCCCCAGUUACAAACCUCAUAUUGUACCACUAUAUUUUUUUCAAUUGUAUGUAUGUAGCCUCCCUUGAGAUUCUGACACACUAUAUAAAGGAAAAAACAUUUCUGCUGAUUCCUCCACUUGUAGGACCUAGCAAAAAAAGUUCUCUUUAUACAUCACUCUACGUCAGUGAUGGCGAACCUAUGGCAUGCGUGCCACAGGUGGCACGCGAGGCCUUCUCUGUUUGCACUUGGCCAUAGGUUGCCGGGAGAGGGGGCAGCUGGCUGUCUGCAGAGUAGGCACCUGCCUGCCCGAAACGGCAGGCGCCUACUCUGCUUCUGGGUCGGGAGGCAGGGGAAGGGCUCUAGGAAGCAGCUCUCCUAUCCUCCUGCAAGCAAGCUGUGUGGAGCGUUGCUGCGUGUUACCAUGGCAAUGCUCCACACAGCAUCGGGCGGGAGGAUAGGAGAGCUGCUUCCUACAAUACUUACCACCACUGGUCCACCAGGGAUACAUAAUUAAUAUAACUUUUUUUUUCAAUGUAUCUUUACCCCUACAGCACCCAUACCCCCCACACAGCACAGCACCCCUACCCCGCACACACACAGUACCUCUCAGACACACACACACAGCACUCCACACCCUUACACACAAACACAUACACUGCACCCCUCAAUGCAGUAUGUUUGUGUGUAUUCAGCAGUCUGUGUGUGUAUGUAUUCAGCAGUCUGUGUGUAUGUAUUCAGCAGUCUGUGUGUGUGUAUUCAGCAGUCUGUGUGUGUGUAUUCAGCAGACUGUGUGUGUAUUCAGCAGACUGUGUGUGUAUUCAGCGGACUGUGUGUGUGUUCAGCAGUCUGUGUGUAUGUAUUGCAUUUGUUGGAGAUACUAAUAAAUAUAAGCUUAAUUUUAUCUAUUUAUAUCAUAAUUUAAAAUUUGUAUCAUUGAACUCUCUGUUGUGUUCUUCCUUUAAAACAAAAGUUGUUAAUUAGUACGGACAACUGUACGAGUAGUUUGUUUCUAAACUUAAACCUCAGUAUUCAGGUUUAAUUGCCAUGUUGGCACUUUGAGGGGAAAAAAAAGUUGGCAUGUAUUGCGGUUUGGGCACUCUGGCUCAAAAAGGUUGCUCUACGUAUUUUGUCAAUUUACCCAAUGUGCCAAGACUAGACAUUUUUUGCCCCUCACUGCUCAAUACACACAAUUAUUUUUUUCAACUCAUUUCUUCUGUACAACAUAACCUCCUUUACUUGAAUUUCAUCCCCAAGCAAUCAGUAGUUAUAAGAGGAGAUAAUUCAACUGGUUAAAUUGUAGUGCAGCCUUAGUUUCAAGCUGAAUGGUUUAAAUAAUUCUUUUGUUUUGCUUAAAUUGCUUGAUUCAACCAAAAUGGAACUAAUAACAUGUUAUUUGACAAACAAAUGUUAUGUCCCUAUUUCUUUGUCUAAGUAUAUGUUUUAGAUGAAUAAUUGGAAUAUUAUGUAUUUCUAUGUUCUGUUUAUAUUAAUAGGAUACUUCGGCAGAAAAUGUUAUGUUUGCAAACAAUACUGAAGUAAAUGAAGAGGUAUCUGAAAGAGCUAUCAGGUAUAAUAACAAAUACAAUCAUAAAAGCAUUUUUACUUGCAUACUGGGCUUCACUUAACCCCUUAAGGAUGCAGCCAAAUGUACAAGUUGUGAUCAAAACAAAACGUAAACAAAACCUGGCAUUUGCGCUAUAUGUCUGUCCAACCGUAAUUCACCUCUUUCAUAUUAAAUGCACCCACACUUAUUAUAUAUCAUUUUAUUCAGGGGAAACAGAGCUUUCAUUUAACAUCAAAUAUUUAGGUAUGGAACAUAAUUUAAUAUGAAUAAAAUUGGGAGAAAAUAAGAUUUUUAAAAUUUCUCUUAGUUCUACAUGACAUUUUAACUGUGAAUGUCAAAUACUGUUUGCUUUUACUGUAAUAAAAUACACAUAUUUGUAUUCAGCGAUGUCUCAUGUGUAAAAACAGUACCCCCUAUGUACAGGUUUUAUGGUGUUUUGGGAAGUUACAGGGUCAGUAGUACCCUCACUAGACUCAGUAACAUAGAAAUUCAAAAACAAAUAAAUUUUAUUAACAAGAAAGACAAUAUUAUUGUUUAAAAAAUGCUCAAAGUGCUGCGAGUACACAUGUGAUAGAACUGCAACUCUAUGUAAAGUGGACAGAAUAAAGGACCAUGAAUUGUUAUAUUAGCCCAUAAUUGAUGCCGAAAAAGGUACUGUCCACCAAUACUUGCAGAGGGAUAGUGUGUGUACGGGAGAAUCUAAAGGUAGCUUACACGUCUGUAUACUGUAUAAUCCUAUAUCGGGCGUAGUGGUUGUGAGUGCUUAAUUCAGUAUAAUAUCCGAGUGGUAUUAAAUAUCUAUUAUGAUGUAAAAUCUAUUGCUAGUAAUCGAAUACACCAGUUAACCCCUACGUUGCUGCUGGGGAACUAAAUUCGAACCACUCAGCUGUAAAGUCUUGAAUAUGUCAGUAAGCUUAUAUCAAUCACUGGAUUAAGCUGCAAACAACAUAUGCAUAGGGGAUAAGAGAGGGGAGUAAAAAAAGCUGCAUAGCCUAAAAAAAUGAUCAGUUUGCCGUCUAACACGGUAGACGGACAGCAUAACCAAAGCCCCUGACACGCGUGUUUCGCCUGACCUGGCUCAUCAGAGGGGAACUGGCUGGUACUGAGCGGUAAGUUUAAAAAGGGGAAGGGGUGAGAUCUGAUUGGUUCCAUGUGGAACCAUCUAAUUGGUCCACAGGUCAUGUUACAUGUUACAUGUUAGGUCAUGUUACACCUCCUCCCGGAGGAUGUCAAAUUUAACCCCUUCAGGAAAGUCAUGGGAGAGUUUUACUGUGUAAAAUGUAUUAGAUAUUGAUGCAAUGCCUAAUCCCAAAUGGAGGACUGUUCAUGAUAGUCUCAUAUGUGUCAACUGUACAGGACCAGGAAUGUUACAAUGCACUUAUGGAUGAAAGGUGUAAAAUUAAAUUCCUCAUUCAGGCCGUCUGGAGUUAAUGUUUUGAACUGGUAGAUCCAUCUUGAUUCCUUCAUUGGGAGAAUUUUAUUAAAGUUGCCUUUCCUAGAGUUCAUAGUGAGUCUUUCUAGUGCCUGAAAGGUCAGGUGUGUGGGACCUCCAUUAUGAUAAUUUCUAACAUGGUUGGAAAUUGAAGUUGACACAUUAGAUUCGUAAUUGAGCUUCUUCUAAGCUGUUGAUAUGUUUUGCCAAUGUACUAAAUCCUGCAACUACAUGUUAUCAGGUAGACCACUCGUACAGAGCCACAAUUGAUAAACUCUCAAAUCUUGUGUUCCUUUUGGGUUCUUGUAUUCACCACUGAUUUUAUGGGUUUAAUGAAUUUGCAGGCCUUGCAGUGUCCACAUUGAUAUAUCUCUGUUGUCUGCGUUAGCCAUUGCGUUAGCCAUCAUGGUUCAAUGUGGCUGUGUACUAGAUGGUCCCUUAGAUCCUUAGAUCUACGUGCUUUGAUAUUAGGAAACUUUCAGAUGUUGUCCUGUAGAUCCGUAUCAUGUUGUAAGAUUGGCCAAUUAUGGGACAUGAUUUUUAACACUGGGUCCCAAUAUUGGUCAUAGGUGCCUACACAUUAGUUUUUGUUCCUCCUUGGGUCUCGUUACUCUCAAACUAUCACUUCUGCUUUGGGCCUGUGCUCGUUGAAAUGCCUUUUUUAAAGAUCCUAUUUGGAUACCCUUUUUGUUUAAACAUAUUUCUUAGGUGUUUUGCUUCACCCAAAAAGGCCUCAUCGUCUGGCUCUCAAAUAUUGCUCAAAUGGUAUUCCUGACUUAAGUUUGUUGACUUAAACAUAAAAAUAUUGAAGGAUGGUAGGGUAGAAACAGAACUCUUUAGAAAAAGCACAGCAACAAACAGCCUACUCCAUUGGACUACCCACCAUCCUAUCAAACUUAACCUAUACAUAUAUUGUCCACAGCUUAGUCCAGUGAUUGAUAUACGCUUACUGGCAUAUUCAAGACCUUGGACUUUACAGCUGAGUGGUUGGAGUUUACUUCCCCAGCAGCAACUUAGGGGUUAACUGGUGUAUUCGAUUACUAGCAAUAGAUUUUACAUCAUAAUAGAUAUUUAAAACCACUUGGAUAUUAUGCUGUAUUAAGCACUCACAACCACUACGCCCGAUAUAGGAUUAUACCGUACACAGACGUGUAAACUGCCUUUAGAUUCUCCCGUACACACACAAUCCCUCUCAAGUAUUGGUCGACAGUACCUUUUUUGGCAUCAAUUAUGGGCUAAUAUAACAAUUCAUAAUCCUUUAUUCUCUCCACUUUACAUAUACUUGCAGUUCUAUCACGUGUGUACUCUGAGCUCUUUGAGCACUUAAACAAUAGUAUUGUUUUUCUUGUUAAUAAAAUGUAUUUGUUUUUGAAUUUCUAUGUUACUGAGUCUAGUGAGGGUACUACUGGCAUCCCAUUAGGAAUAUACUGUACAUAGCUGUCAGGGUACCUGUUGGUGAUGUAUCCAGGGAGGACAUCCUCUCUGCUUAGGGCCUCCCUGCCCCUAGCAUUUCGGCAUAUUCCGGCCGUUUUUGCGCCGGCCGCGCUAGCUCCUCCCCCUUUUAUGACGCGACGCCUAGCGUCGACGUCAUGACGUCGGCAUUUGCAUAAAGUGCCGGGAACCGCUAUUCCGGACCUUUUGGGGGCGUGGUCUCUAUUUAGGUAACAGAGUAUUUAAAGGAAACCUUUACUACUGCUCAUUGCCCUGUCGUGGUUCUAGCUUGCUAGUCACUCAGCGCGUUCUUUAUCUUGUGUUUCCGGUUUUGACCCUUGCUUGUCUUUUGUCCUGUUGUCCUCUCCUCUCCUUUGACUCGGCUUGUAUCUCGCUUACCUGUCCUCCGGCUCCCUUGACCUCGGCUUACCUUUUGACUAUUCUUGCUUUGUCCUUACGUUAGUCCGGCCAUUCUAAGGUCCGGUAUACGUACCUCAUUCUGUGCGCACUCUGCGUAUUGGAUCCCUGUCACUUUCCUGACAUUACGACAGGGCCAGAUGGAUCCUGCAGGUGCUAGCCCUCCUGACCCCAGAUUUGAGGCCAUGGACCAUAGAAUGGACCAAAUGGCUUUAGCGUUACAAACUUUGUUAACACGCUCCAGUACCCAGUCUGAAGAAAUACGUUCCACUGCUAGCCACUCGCUAAGUACUGGUUUGGAAGUAGCCACUGUAGGCGCAUCUUCCCAUGUCACGUCACCUUACGAUAUGGGGGUUCGCCUGAUGCUUGUCGUGGUUUUUUAAACCAGAUAAGCAUACAUUUCGAACUACAACCCCGGGCUUAUCCCACUGACAGGGCUAAGGUAGGCUUUAUUAUAACCCUGCUAAUAGAUAAAGCACUUAGAUGGGCCAAUCCCCUUUGGGAGAAUGACAAUCCUUUAGUAUACAACUACACUGCGUUUGUCACGGCUUUUAGAAGAACCUUUGACCCCCCAGGGAGGAAGAUUAAUGUGGCCAGAUCCCUGUUACGCCUUAAACAACAAGAUAGGACCCUUGUAGAAUAUGCUCUAGAGUUUAGAUCAUUGGCAGCAGAAGUGAAAUGGAACGAACAAGCUUUUAUGGAUGUUUUCUUGAAUGGGUUGUCUGAUGAAAUUCUAGAUGAAAUUGCCACAAGAGAACUUCCGGAAAAUUUAGAGGAUUUAGUAUCCUUCAUUUCCAGAAUAGAUGAACGCAUGAGACAGAGGCAGAACACUCGGGAAAGAGUUACUAGACUUCCUGUAAGACUCGCUCCCUCAUUUCAGAACCCUGACUCCUAUAAUCCUACUCCACCAGAACCUAUGCAAAUAGGUAAUACUCGCUUAUCUGAGGCUGAGAGACAGUACAGAAGAAGGGAGGGUCUCUGUUUAUACUGCGGGCGGAGAGGUCACCUACGUCUUAGUUGCCCUAAUCGUCCGGGAAACGCUCGCACCUAAGUUCCCUUAGAGGACGGGCCUUGGGUGUUUCAUUACUGUCCUCUAUGCAUAAUAAAAAAGACCAUAGGCUUCUGAUUCCUGUCUCUCUAGCUUGGGAAAAGGGGUUUAUUGCUACAAUGGCAUUAUUAGAUUCUGGAGCAGCAGAAAGCUUUAUAGACCAAACUUUCGCUAAUAAGCAUUGUAUCCCAUUCCAAUUGAGAGAUACACCCUUGGCCGUUGAGGCCAUAGAUGGUAGACCUUUAUCUGAACCAGUAAUAUUCCAUGAGACCGAACUCGUUAAGCUUACUGUUGGUAUUUUCCAUGAGGAGUUGAUUUCCCUUCUGUUAAUUUCCUCCCCGGCAGUCCCAGUGGUACUAGGAUAUUCUUGGCUCAAGAGACACAACCCUCAGAUUGACUGGGAGGGUGGAGAAAUCGUUUCUUGGGGUAUGGGUUGUAGAAAAGAAUGUCUGCAGAGAGUUACUUCUGUUUGCCCCGUAAACUCUUAUGUUAACACUUCUCAAUCCACAGACGUUCAGAUACCAUUACAAUAUCUAGACCUCAAAUCUGUAUUUGACAAGGGUAAGGCGGAUACUUUACCUCCCCACCGGUCUUAUGACUGUUCUAUUAAACUUUUCCCUGGUACUAUGCCUCCCAGGGGUACGGUAUACCCUCUAUCCACCAAGGAAAACUUAGUUUUAGAGGAAUAUAUCAAGGAGAAUUUAGACAAAGGAUUUAUUAGAAAGUCUUCUUCUCCGGCGGGGGCGGGUUUCUUUUUUGUAGAAAAGAAAGACGGUACCUUACGUCCUUGUAUAGACUAUCGGGGAUUGAACAAAAUUACUAUCAGAAAUGCUUACCCUAUUCCUUUAAUUACUGAACUCUUUGACAGACUAAGGGGCUCGAGUAUUUUCACCAAACUUGACUUAAGAGGAGCAUAUAACUUAGUGCGAAUUAAACAAGGAGAUGAAUGGAUGACAGCAUUUAAUACCCGUUACGGGCAUUAUGAGUAUACCGUAAUGCCGUUUGGGCUUUGUAACGCCCCGGCCGUCUUCCAAGACUUGAUCAAUGAAGUUCUUAGAGAAUUCCAACAUGAAUGUGUAAUUGUAUAUUUGGAUGAUAUACUAAUCCAUUCUAGAGACAUUAAUUCACAUCAUAGACAAGUCAGAAAGGUAUUACAGAAACUUUUACAACAUGGAUUGUAUUGUAAAUUGGAAAAAUGUAGCUUUGACCAGUCUCAGGUAACUUUCUUAGGUUACGUAAUUUCCAAAGACGGGUUUAUGAUGGACCCGACCAAACUAAAAUCGAUUUUAGAUUGGCCUUUACCUAAGGGACUCAAAGCCAUACAAAGAUUUCUUGGAUUUUCUAAUUAUUACAGACGUUUUAUUAAAGGGUACUCCUCUGUUAUCGCUCCUAUCACUAAUAUGACCAAACAAGGAGCCGAUACCAAAACCUGGUCUACUGAGGCUUUAUCUGCUUUCGAAACGCUCAAACAGUCUUUUGCCUCAGCACCUGUAUUAGUUCAUCCUGAUACCUCUCUACCCUUUUUACUUGAAGUUGAUGCGUCUGAAACAGGGAUAGGCGCAGUGUUGUCCCAAAGACAAAGUUUAGAUAAGCCGCUGCACCCUUGCGGUUUUUUUUCCAAGAAACUAUCACACACUGAAAGGAGAUAUGACAUUGGUGAUAGAGAACUUCUAGCUAUCAUUAUGGCAUUAAAGGAAUGGAGACAUUUGUUAGAGGGCACCGUCCUCCCAGUUACUAUCUUGACUGACCACAAAAAUUUAUCGUAUAUGGGGGAGGCCAAAAGAUUAUCUGCCAGGCAGGCACGUUGGUCUAUGUUCCUUACACACUUUAAUUAUGUGCUUACUUACAGGCCUGGUUCUAAGAACACUAAGGCAGACGCUUUGUCACGUCAGCACGAACCUACCACCUCUACAGAGGAUACUUUGUUCCCUAUUAUUCCUGGAGUCAAUAUUAUCGCCAACACCAAUGUCAAAAUACACUCUCCAUUGCUCGCUGAUAUUAUGAACGAACAAUCUCUUGCUCCCGAACGUACUCCUGUGGGCCGCUUGUUCGUGUCCCCAAAUUCCAAGUGGACAUUAUUCGCUGUUUCCACGAUAGCAAGUUCGCUGGUCACCCCGGCAUCCACAAAACUUACUGCCUGAUCUCCAAAGACUUCUGGUGGCCUGGUUUACGUAGGGAUGUGGAAGACUUUGUCAAGGCUUGCAAUGUUUGUGUCAGGAAUAAACUUCCGCGGGAUCUCCCUUGUGGUUUAUUGCAGCCCUUAGUCGUUCCCAACAAACCUUGGGCUUGUUUGGCUAUGGAUUUUAUUGUUGAUCUACCAGCUUCCAAUAGGCAUACAGUUAUCCUCACGGUCCUUGACAGGUUUACUAAAAUGGCUCAUUUCGUUCCCUUGCCUAAACUUCCGUCCUCCCCCGAACUGGCCGUGAUAUUUGCUAGAGAAAUUUUCCGUUUACAUGGUAUUCCCAAUGAGAUUGUGUCAGACAGGGGUUCCCAAUUUAUUUCCCGUUUUUGGAGAUCCUUCUGUUCACAGUUGGGCAUCAAACUGAAUUUUUCUUCGGCCUAUCAUCCUCAAUCUAACGGAGCAGCCGAACGCACUAACCAAAAAAUUGAGCAAUAUCUACGUUGUUUUGUUUCUGAACACCAGGAUGACUGGGUCGGUCUGAUUCCUUGGGCGGAGUUUGCUCACAACAACCUUGUUUGUGGUUCCACUGUAAUAGCCCCUUUUUCUUGAACUAUGGCUUUAACCCUACUGUUCUUCCGUCGGUGUCUCCUUCCCAGGGUAUACCGUCGGUUGAUAUUCAUGUAGCCAACCUGAGAAAGUUGUGGGAUCAGACUCGACAAAUUCUUGAACGUAGUUCCGCGGUGUUUAAGUCACAUGCUGAUAGGCGUAGACGUCCUGCUCCUAUUUUUUCUCCGGGGGAUAGGGUCUGGUUGUGUACCAGACACAUUCGCCUGAAAGUUCCUUCCUUGAAGUUUGCUCCUCGUUACAUUGGUCCUUACAGGGUACUGAGGAGGAUCAACCCGGUUUCUUAUUUGCUGGAUCUACCUCCUACUCUACGCAUCCCUAACUCUUUUCAUGUGUCGUUAUUGAAACCUCUUGUUUGUAACAGAUUUUCCUCCCGCUCUGCUCCUCCAUCCUCGGUCCGUGUGGAUGGUCAGGAGGAAUAUAUCAUCAAGUCCAUCCUUGAUUCUCGUAUUUCUAGGGGGAAGCUGCAAUACCUCAUAGACUGGAAAGGUUAUGGUCCGGAAGAGAGGUCUUGGGUUCCUGGUAAUGACGUGCAUGCUCCUCGUCUUCUUCGGGCCUUCCACGUUCGUUUUCCCUCUAAGCCCGGUCCCAUCCGCCCGGUGGGCGUUUCUAGAAGGGGGGGUACUGUCAGGGUACCUGUUGGUGAUGUAUCCAGGGAGGACAUCCUCUCUGCUUAGGGCCUCCCUGCCCCUAGCAUUUCGGCAUAUUCCGGCCGUUUUCGCGCCGGCCGCGCUAGCUCCUCCCCCUUUUAUGACGCGACGGCUAGCGUCGACGUCAUGACGUCGGCAUUUGCAUAAAGUGCCGGGAACCGCUAUUCCGGACCUUUUGGGGGCGUGGUCUCUAUUUAGGUAACAGGGUAUUUAAAGGAAACCUUUACUACUGCUCAUUGCCCUGUCGUGGUUCUAGCUUGCUAGUCACUCAGCGCGUUCUUUAUCUUGUGUUUCCGGUUUUGACCCUUGCUUGUCUUUUGUCCUGUUGUCCUCUCCUCUCCUUUGACUCGGCUUGUAUCUCGCUUACCUGUCCUCCGGCUCCCUUGACCUCGGCUUACCUUUUGUCUACUCUUGCUUUGUCCUUACGUUAGUCCGGCCAUUCUAAGGUCCGGUAUACGUACCUCAUUCUGUGCGCACUCUGCGUAUUGGAUCCCUGUCACUUUCCUGACAAUAGCAUACUAUCUGCUUUCUAGUUCCCUUUGAGGUACACUGUUCUUCUUUGUUCUAUUAGUUUUUCACCUGGGGUUUACCCCCACAAUUAUUGUAUCCUCUCAAUUUGUUAGGCUAGUCUUCCUUUCUUUUUUCAACUCAUGAAGUCCUCACCUAGCAAUGCCUCCUGAGCACUGUACUGUGCAUCUAUGUAUUGUGUGCGUGUUUGUGUAAUAUAUUCAUGUGAUUGUAUGUGUAAAUUGCAUUUGAGACGUGUAAUGACACACAGUACACAUUACACAGACAUAUACAUAAUCACAUCAAUAACAAACAAGAUGCUUAAUUUUCACAUAUUUUAAUGUUUGAAAGAAGACAGUGUCCAGCUAAUUUUGAGUGCCUGGGGAAAUAUGGCAGUGUAUCAAGCAAAACAUGUCAAAUGUUUUCCCAAGCUGUUUAAAGUGAACCUCUUAACUGUGGUCCUAGAACUGAGAGGAUGGUUUCAAACAACUACACAGGAUACUUAAUGGUUGUGUUUUCUGCUGGAGGGAACACUACUGUUUGAAUAGGCAUCCAGAAAUAGGUGUAUUGACCGUGGUCCCACAACAAAACCUAAGAUACACGUUGACAUGAUAUUUGCCAGGAUUGAAAACAAUUUGCAUAUAAUAAAAAAAUAUUUCAUUAAAACAAAGGGAUAAAUUGGAGGUUUCUUUUUUUGUAUGCAAAUAUCUAUCUGGCAAACAUCAAUAAAGCUAUUUACAGGACAUUGUGUGUUGUUUUAAUUGCUGUACACUACUGUUGAUGUUGUACUGCUUGGCAUACAAUUAUAAUAUUAAUAUUAUGAUAGUAGUUAUUACAAUAUGUGCUGUAAAAAUAUAAUCAUUGUCAAAUUAAAUCUUACUGAUUAGUAUUUCAUGUACUAAUUUCAAAUUCAAUUUCUCUAUUCAUUUUGAAGCAUUGGUAACACAGGCAAUACUUAAAAUUCAUGAUUAAAAAAGACAUUAAAUUAACCAUACGCGUUUCACAGACUGGAUUUUAAAAAAUAGAUGACAAACAGGAAAGCCACUUAGAAAAGAUGAUUUGUGUUUAAACUAUGUCCAUAUAGGGUCAAUCCAAGACCCAAUCACUAUUUUUCGUAGAUCUCGUAACUCACUCUCUGAGAGUGGCUUAGAAUGACAGCUAUUUAUAAAACUCUCUGCAACUGUAAGCCAGCUCUAAAAAACUCAGUCUCAAUGAUACAUCUAGAGCUUCCAGCCUUUUCUGUCUGAUAUCAGUGUAUCACUUAUGUCCAAGUUGUACUUGUGGAGACACACAACUUGAGCUGGGUUCUCUAUGCUCCCUAAAAAGAGACAUUUACCCUCCCAGUCCCUGCACAUAUUCCAGGGUAUUACACAGUACAGACAUUUGCCAUUCACUACCUUUGUUUAGCAUAGAGUAUUUAAACUAAGAUACCUUUCAUCACACAAUAUACUGUAUGUGCUUUUCAGUGUAGUUGAAUAAAUAUAGUGACAAAAAUGUUGUAUUUUAUAAACAGCCCUUCAAACUCAUCAGAGUCUUCAGAUAAUAUGUCUAUGAAAUCAGAUCAGUCUGGAGAGGAGUCGUUGUAUUCUACAAUGGAAGACUGUACCAGGGGGUUGAGAUUGGAUGUGACUGACAACCUGAAGAGCCUAUCACUAUCAACAGCAAGCGUUCAGAGUGAAAAUAUUAGCAGCUAUGAAAUAGACACAACAGAAAAGGAAGAUUUCUCAAUCUCACCCUACGCCUGCUUCUAUGGACCCUUAUUAAAUAAAGCAGGAUGGUUAGAAAAACUAUCCCCCCAUAGGUAAGAUAACACACUGAUAAUGUUCUCUACAUUUUAAGUUAAAAAUAUAAAGUAAUGUCAAUAAAUAAUAUUUGUGCAAAAAAAGUAUAGAUAAUUAAUAUUUGCAGAUACAAUUUUUAAUUUUCCAACUGUAGCUCUCUAAAGCUACAUUUAUUCUUCUAAAGCUACAAUAUUCUUCUAUUCACUCAGUUGUUUGACUGUGUAAUUUCUCUACAAUAUACUUGUGCACGAUGAAACACAUUUGGUUUGGCUGAAUUGAAUUAUUAAAAAAAAUUUCUAUCCUUAUAUAGAAUGAUUUAUAAUAACCAUAUAUACAAUUAUGUACACUUAAUUCUUGCGUUAUUCUUUGGCUUUCUUUUUUACCAGCUCAAUAGGGGCUCCCCACUUUUUAACACUGACAACUAUACAUGUAGAUCUCUGCCUCUAGCUAACUUGAAUGGGAUAUUCAUUCAAUUCUGCAUUGUGAAUCACCAUAUGGCAACUACUGGCAACUACUGUAAAAACCCCCAAUAAUUAUACCUAUAGAAACAUAGUAGUAGAGUACAACUUGUAUACAAGCCUAUAUUUAUUAGCAGAUAUUUCUUAGUGAAAAAAUAAAGAUGAUCCGAAGAUCAAAGAAAAAAGCACACCAGGUUUUUUUUUUAAAGCUAAUUUAACUUACAAAAAAAUGCUAUUUUUUUCAGAACAUCGAUGUUUCAGAAACGUUGGGUAAAAGUGGAUGGACAAACCUUGUCUUACUAUUACAAUGACAAGGUAAGACUUAAGCAAAGCAAGAUGCAUUCACUAAUCAACUCAUAUUGAGUUCAGAUUUAUAAUUAAUUCACGUUCAUCAUUUUUACUUUGGGAGGAUUUGAUUUACAAUAAUUCUUUAGAUUUCUCAGUCAUAUUUGACAAUAAAUAACAAAAAAAUUACAGCAGUAACAUAAAUAUAAAAUUUUUUAUUCAUCAUGUCUGUGCUGCAGUGUGGUAGUGUCACUACUAGAGUUGAGCGAACAGUUCGGGUUCAUACCGAACAUUACGGUUUUUGGACCCCGGGCCCGAACACUGACAUAUCAGUGUAUGUUCAGGUUGGAGUUCGGUGUUCAGCGAUUUAAUGGCGUGUAGCGCUGCACGUGUAGCGCCGCACGUCACAUGAGCUCUUAUUAGUGUAGGGAGAGGAUGCAGCUGUGAGGGACAGAUUAGGAAAGAAUUCUGGUGUUGAAUCUUCAAACUACAGCGAUUAUUUUUGUGGGUGCUAUACUACAUUUUUGUACCCUGCCCUGAGCCCAGUGCCACAGAGAGUGCAGUGCACUUGCAACUGCUUGUGUGCCAGACACAUUACUUUAAUCCUGUUCUGGUAGCCAGUGGGCAACAUCUAGGCAUUUUUAAAUACUGCAAUUUUUUGGUGCUAAAUAGUACAUUUGCAUACUGCAUUUCUUGCAGACCAAUAAAACCCUUAAAUACUACUGUUACAUUGUUUGUUUAAAAAAAUCACACUUUUUUUGUGCUAAAUAGAACAUUUGCGGCCUGAGGUGCAUUUCUUGCAGUCCAAUAAAACCCUUAAAUACCACUGUUACAUUGUUGGUUUAAAAAAUCAAACUUGGUGCAAACUUUGGUGCUAAAUAGUACAUUUGCGGCCUGCGGUGCACUUCAUAUCUGAGAGUCAAAUAGAACCGUCAAAUACUGUGGUUACAGUGCAGUUUUAAACAUUCAAAUUUUUUAGGUGCUAAAUAGUACAUUUGGGGCGUGCACUUCGUAUCUGAGAGUCAAAUAGAACCGUCAAAUACUGCUGUGACAUUGCAGUUUUACUAAUUCACAUUUUUUAGGUGCUAAAUAGUACAUUUGGGGCCUGCACUUCAUAUCUGAGAGUCAAAUAGAACCGUCAAAUACUGUGGUUACAGCGCAGUUUUAAAAAUUCUAUUUUUUUUAGGUGCUAAAUAGUACAUUUGGGGUGUGCACUUUAUAUCUGAGAGUCAAAUAGAGCCGUCAAAUACUGUGGUUACAUCGCACUUUGAAAAAUUUACAUUUCUUUGGUGCUAAAAAGUAAAUUUGGGGCGUGAACUUCAUAGCUGAGAGUCAUAUAGAACCGUCAAAUACUGCUAUGACAUUGCAGUUUGACUAAUUCAUAUUUUUUGGUGCUAAAUAGUACAUUUGUGGCCAGCGGUGCAUUUCAUGCAGUCCAAUAAACUUAAAAUAAAUAAAUAAAUAAAAUAAAAAAUUGUUGACUAUUGGCGGUUACAUUGUCACCUGACAUAAAUCAUCUGUUAGUUUGGUGGGUGAACACAAAGAAUGAGGAGAGCGUCAAAUAAGGGAUGUUGCCCUCGUCGUGGUGCUGCUGGUGUUGGUGGAGCUCCUGUUGCAAGGAGAGGACGUGGUCGAUCUGUGCCAGCUACACGCACAAGUGAAACACCUUCCUCAGGUGUGAGUACGCAACAGAACCUUUGGCGUUAUUUGGUAGGUCUGAAUGCCGCUCUACGAAUGGUGAGGCCAGAACAAGUACAGGCAAUAGUAGAUUGGAUGGCUGACAGUGCCUCCAGUUCCUUUACAUUGUCUCCCACCCGGUCCCCUGCUGAAACCUCAGAGUUGGCACCUGCAGCCCAUGGCUAUCUGUCUUUCACCUCAGCCCCUUGCAAAUCAGCCAAGCAGUCUGAGCCACAAGUCAUGCAGCAGUCUCUUAUGCUUUUUGAUGACUCUGCUGGCGGGGUUUCUGUGGGCCAUCCACCUAGCCCUGCCCCAGAAAUGGAAGAGAUUGAGUGUACUGAUGCACGACCACAGAUACGUGGACCAGUAAGCACGGGCAGAAAUGCUAUAUCUCCCUAACUGCACACUGGGCAAAUGUAGCGGCGGCUGGGUCUGAGGCGGAUAGCAGUUUGGUGCGUGUCCUUCCGCCACCGAGGAUUCCUGCAAUCCUUGCCUCCUGUUGCCUCCUGCUCUCUCUCUUCUCUCUCUUUUCCUCCUGUUGCCUCCUCAUCCUACUCCGCUUCCUCCUCCUCUACCACCUCCUCAUCCGGUCAGCGUAACCCCUUCACCACCAACUUCAGCACAGCCAGGGGGAAAUGACAGCAGGUUUUAAAACGCAUAUGUUUGGGGGAAAAAACCCACACCGUGCAGGAGCUGUGGACGGGCAUUGAACAACAGACCGAUGAGUGGUUGUUGCCACUGAGCCUCAAGCCCGGCCUGGUGGUGUGCGAUAAUGGUCGAAAUCUCGUAGGAGCUCUGGGCCUUGCCGGUUUGACGCACAUCCCUUGCCUGGCGCAUGUGCUGAAUUUGAUGGUGCAGAAAUUCAUUAAAAACUACCCAGAUAUAUCAGAGCUGCUGCAGAAAGUGCGGGCAGUCUAUGCGUGCUUUUGACGUUCUCACCCUGCUGCUGCUCGCCUAUCUGUGCUGCAGCGUAACUUCGGCCUUCCCGCUCACCGCCUCAUAUGCAACGUGCCCACAAGGUGGAAUUCCACCUUGCACAUGCUGGAGAGACUGUUCGAGCAGCAGCAGGCGAUAGUCGAGUUUCAGCUUUAGCAUGCACGGGUCAGUCGCUCUGCGGAACAGCACCACUUCACCACCAUGCGAGACCUGUGCGCCAUUUUGCACUGUUUCGCGUACUCCACCAACAUGGCCAGUGCCGAUGGUGCCGUUCUCAGCCUUACUAUCCCGCUUCUAUGUCUCUUUGAAAAAAUGCUUUGGGCGAUGAUGGAAGAGGAUGUGGCACAGGAGGAAGAGAAGGAGGAAGAGGGUUCAUUUCUACGGUUAUCAGGCCAGUCAUUCACAAGUGGCUUGGAGGGUGGGUUCCUGCACCAGCAUAGGCCAGGUACACAAUUGUCCAGCCAGGGCACAGUUCUGGAGGAUGAGGAGGAUGAGGAACCAUGUUCACAGCAGGGUGGCACCCAACUUGCUUGUGGGCAUCACUGGAGCGUGGAUGGGGGGAUACGGAGGACACAGAUGAUACACCUCCCACAGAGGGCCUUGAAAGAGUCCUGUAUUGUUAUUUAUUGUCCCUACCUCCCCGCGUCGGGAGUGGGUAAUUUGCGUGCCUGGAUGUGGUAGCCGUUUCUCAGGCUCCCUCUCUGGAAUGGAACCCUGAUUCCCCGCUACCCAUGGUCACCAUGGUAGGCACAGAAAGUAACAUCAAAAGUUAAUAGGGCAGACAUCUGAAUGCGUUGUCGCCGUCAUGGGGACGUGCGAUCGACCCAAGGAUAUCUAGGGUCACGAAAGUGCCUGCGCAACGAUUGCCGAUUUGCCCACAUUCUAACUUGUGCUGAUUACUGAGUGGCCACCCUGCUGAAUCCUGUUACAAAGACAACGUGCCGUCCUUAAUUCCCUCACUGGAGCGUGAUCGGAAGAUGCGUGACUACAAGUGCGCUCUGGUUGACGCACUGCUGAGGGUAUACCCAACUGACACAAGGGGCUCAGUGGAAGCACAAGGCGAAGGCAGAGGAGGAGGAAGAGGUCACCAACGCAGCACCUCACAAGGCAGGGUUAGCAUGGCCGAAAUGUGGAAAAGCUUUGUCAGCACGCCACAACAACCAGUACCACUAGCUGAUAUGGAACGUCUUAGCAGGAGGCAGCAUUUCAGCAACAUGGUGGAACAGUACGUGUGCACAUGCCUACACGUACUGACUGAUGGGUCUUCCCCAUUCAACUUCUGGGUCUCCAAAUUGGGCACAUGGCCUGAGCUUGCCCUUUAUGCCUUGGAGGUGCUGGCCUGCCCUGCAGCCAGUGUAUUGUCUGAACGUGUGUUUAGCACGGCAGGGGGCAUUAUCACAGAAAAGUGCAGCCGCCUGUCUGCAGCCAACAUGGACAAGCUCACAUUUAUUAAAAUGAACCAGGCAUGGAUCCCACCAGACUUGUCUGUACCUUGUGCAGAAUAGACGUUUAUACCGGCCUCACCCAGCCAUUGUUAUACUUAAGAGCACUUAUUCUUUGUUUUCUUUUUUUAUAUGUCCCAAUAUUUUGGGGGCUACCCCAAUAAAAAAAAACAAAAAAAACAAAACAAAAACAAAACAGUGUUGGCUACCUCCUCCACCUUCACUGCCGCUUCCACCUACACCACCACGGUCACCGCCUCUUUAACCUCCUAUUCCACAUCCACCUCCUCCAACUAGUUCAAGAUUAUUAUUUUAAAAUUUUAUGUGUUUUAUGUUAUUUUAAGUUAUUUCCCUAUCCACAUUUGUUUGCAGGGCAUUUGUCCUCCUCUUACCCCCAUUUUACUUCCUUUUUGCAGCCCCCUAGCCCUUUCCAGGACUUUUUAGAGCCAUUUUAGUGCCAAAGGUUCGGGUCCCCAUUGACUUCAAUGGGGUUCAGGUUCGAGGUCAAGUUCGGGUCAAGUUCAAGCCCAAACUCAAACUUUUUGACGAAGUUUGGCCGAACUCGGCGAACCCAAACAUCGACACUACUUCCUAUUGGAAACCAAAAUAGAACAUAAAUCCACAGAAGGAAAAAACAAGGUGGUGCAUGUGUACAUGCAUGAGCCACUGAUGCAGUCUAGAUAAUUACAUGGUUACUUAGUAAUCUAGGUUAAAGUCCCUCAAAUUCAACAUUUGCAACCCAUUUCAUGCUAUUGAUUCAAAAGAAGACAAAAACAAAAAAAACAAACAAAACUGUGUAUUGUGAAUUUUCCCACGCUAUAUCUUAUUACUCCCUAUUCCCUUCCCGGUCUCCUGUCUAUCUCUGUGGCAGCUAUAUAAUAGAUACACAUGCAGUCUCACUGUGAUACUAUACUGUCUGGUAUAUCUUUACCCCCAGCAUUCACUCUAUAUCACACUAGAUUGUAUCUCUUUGUCAUGGUGAAUAGUACUUAUGGAUUUAUAAUCUGCUUUACAACUGGUUAAGUGCUGUCUCAUUUAUUUUAUUUAUAGCUACUGUAUACUGAAUAUAGCCUAGAAUUCAUAAGGAAACAGAUAAUUAUAAGUGAUAGUGUUCAACCUGGCUACAUUGUUUUAAGUAGAUGCUGAGGGGGACUGCCAUGAAGCAGUAAGGCAGGUGGAGGAGGUGGAUACUGUUUUCAGCAGGAGGUGACCAGGGUUUUGAACGACUUUGAAAUCCGCCAGGAGAGCGCUUUUUGGAGGGAAGGGGAACAAACGCUACCUGACACCCAGUAUUGUGGUCACAAGAACUCCUGAAAGUUGACUGGCCAAAGCACCAAACACCCUGGAACUGUUUUUAAGCAUAGGACCGUUUAUGUGGCCGGUCAGUACUUUGACACAGUGGUGUUUACCCUACACUGCACGGAUCUGAGCGCUAUUUGGAGAACUUGGGAGCUCAGAUCAGGGCUAUUUAAGGGUGUAAUCUGUGUGGGGUUAUUAUAUAUUUUUAUGAUGUUUUGGGGCAUUUUUAUGUUUUUAUGCUUAGUCAUCCUGACUAAGAAAUCCAUUGGCGUGUUGUGGGAGUGUUCUGGGUGUGUUGUGGUAGUGUUAUGGGCCUGUUUGACUGUUUCCCUGAUGUUAUAUAAGCAGGCCAUCUGGCCAGAAUAAAUUAUUUCUGUUGUACCUAUCACCAAGUCUAGGCUGAUGUGUUGGUAGCUCAGAGCUUAAUUACAGCUUCACUUGGGAUUUGGGAGAACUACAGCGGAUAUACUCAGUCGGAGUAUAGGGGAUCCUUUACACCCUGGUUAUCCACUUAGCUCUUUUUCAACGCAACAGGUGUAUGACAGUUUCUGCCUUGCACGUGAUGUGUGUUUUUUCUAAAUCAAAAUAAAUACAAUUAUGCCAAGAAAAGGGAAAAAAAACCUUUGUGAUUCCAUAAUGGCAUCAAAAACCUGUUUAUACAUACAUAUCAAUUAUACCGUUGAUGUGACCGACCACCCCAUCUCUGGAUUAUAAAGCUUUUUGUCCCAUUCUUUUGUUUGUUCACCGAAUGACAGACCACCCAUAAUGCAGAGUGUGCCACUUGUUGACCCUGUUAACCUUUGUCAACACCUCAGUAACUGCAAUAACACCAAUGUUCUAAGCAGUCCGCUGGGUGGCCGUCGUUCGUAUGUGCGAACACGUGGCGGCGGCCAUCUUUAGCUGCUAACAUAGACAGCGGUGUUUGGUUGGCGAGUGUACGUAACUGAAAUCGGACACUCGACGGCGCGAACAACACUGGAACUUCCAACUCCAUCAAAGUUCGGGAAAUGGUGUGGCAUUAAAAAGGCAUUUGGUGGGUGCAAAUUUCCAAACAAGAGACACAAUCUUGGCAUAUUCACAAAUGGUUAUGUUCAGUACUUUAUUGUAUUUCAUACCCCAGAAGGAGACUGACCACUCAGCCUGAUUUCGUGGAACUCUUAUGGGCAGGCACCUCGUGCGCGGUCAGUCUAAAAUUUACCCCGGUGGCGUUUCGGCUGCGUUUAUGGGAUCUGAGUGUUUUUGGGAUAUGAUGGGCACUCAGAUCCAGGCUAUAUGGGGACAUAUGACUUGAGAGGACACAGUUAUUAAAUGUAUGUUUUUGAGGUAUAAUUAUUGUGUAUGUCCUGGACUUGAGAGUUAAUGUAAUUAGUUGUGUUUUUUACAGUAGUCUUCACUCAGGUCCAGUGGGGAAUGCCCCUGGAAUAUGUUACAGUAAAUCCCUUGUAUGGGGAUUCACUUAAAAGGCCAUGUGUGGUCCCCAUUAAAACAGUUCCAGUUUUACCCUCAACACAGAGCCACGUCUUGUGCUUGUAGGGAACAGCUAUAACAGCUAUUUCACUGCGCUUGGGACUAUCGCUUUUAGGAUUAUUGCAGCUCUACUCACACUGUGGGCAAAAGAAAAUCUCUAGCGGCGAAACCCCUCUUACCAUCGAGGUGUCUGCCACACUUGAAUAUUCAGAUUUUGAUAAAAAUAUCAUAGAAUAUGAUGAUAACCCUUUUAUGUAGAGAAAUCCACAUCUUUAUAUGAUUUGGUAUGCACCUUGGGUCUUGUCUGGUGUGGUAGACCCCCACUUCUAUUGAUCAACCUGAGUGCCUGUUUCUGUGCUGCUAGUAUUAGUGUCUCAGUGCUGUGUUUCAGUCUUACAAUUUCCAACCACUGGUAAGAUUACAUAAUGUGAGCCACAUCCAUUAUCUGCUAUUGGAGUGGUUUAACUUGCUAUGUAACUUCCUCCUUUUUUGCAUUCUCUCUAUAUUGUCGUCCCAGGCAUUCCUUUAGCAGUUCAUCUUUGGGCGCCAUCUUUAUUAGGAAUUGUAGAUGCUCUGUGUUUCAUGCAGGACUGUGUUCUUGACACUCAUCAAGCCCGACCUCCUCCCUUCCGGCUGGGUGCUGGAUUGCAGGUGGAAUCCUCCUUUCAAAUUGAGUAGUUUCCAGGUCUUGACAUCCAUGGUGGCCAGCUAUCCCUUGACCAGGUUAUUAUUCCAGCUGGGUACCUGAUGUAGGACAUAUGUGUUGAUGGCUUGUAUUUUGUUCUUGCCAUUAAAAUGGGACUUCAGGGCAUGUCUGACUCUCUGGAGGUACUUGGAUGUUGCUAACCGCCUAGCCUCUUCCACAUGGAGGCCGUGUGUUUGCACUACACCCAGUUACUUGAAGAUGUUCUCUACAUCUCCUAUUUGACCUUCUUGUUCUUGAACUCAUUCUGCCCUGAUCAUCUUCCUUCUGUUUGCUAUCAUGCGCCCACACUUAUCUAGCCCGCAUGACAUUCUGAUGUCCUUGCUGUAUAUCCUAGUUAGGUGGAUCACUAAGGUAGUGUCCCGAUCACUCUUGGCAUGCAGCUUGGUGUCGACCAUGUUGAGUAGGUGGAUGAUGGUAGCUUCACUCUUGAACCUGUAUCCAUAUCCACUCUUCAUGGUUAUCUGAUUAAAAUGGCCGAGGCCCAUGAAGAACAGCAUUGGGGAUAGUGCAUCACUUUGGUAUAUCCCACAUUUGAUGUUCACUUGUGUUAUUGUCCUGGAAUAUGCCACAUUGGAUGUUCACUUAGGUUAUUGUCCUGGAAUUGGCUUCUAGAGUUAUUUCCCACUUGCCCAUCAAUGCUCUUGAUGAAGGUUCUUUAUGUCUUACUGACCUUGUUUAGAGCCAAGCAUUCAGUAUCCAUGUGUGUGGAAUUGUGUCAUGGGCUUUCUUUUAGUCAAUCCAGGCUGUGCAUAGAUUGGUCUGUCUGUUCUUAGAAUCCCAUUUGACUGCUUGGUCUACCAGCAGUUGGUGUUUUAAUCCUGUGGUGUUUUUUCCAAUCCUCUUUUGAGUAUUACUCAUGUACUAACUCAUAUCCCGAUCAAUCCUGGAGGCUAAGAUGCCUGACAGGGCCUUCCAUGUUGAGGAGAAGCAAGGGAUUGGUUGGUAGUUAUAUGAUGUUGUUCCUUUAUUAGUUUCCUUCAUGACCAGUAUUGUUGUGUCUUAUGUUAGCCUGUCAGGUGUUUGUUUGUGCUUCUAGCUGUUCAUGCAUUAUUAUUAGUUUCUUUAUUCAAUAGGCGUUGAUCAUGUCAGAUCCUGACUGUGACAGACCACCCUGUCCCUGGAUUAUUAACGCUCUUUUCCAUUCUCCAGUUUUUUUCGGUAUACCGUGUUCACCUAAAAUUUUAUUCUUGUUUUUUGCAAAUACUGAACAAAAUCACGAACUACCAGGCCACCUGUAUGCUGCAUAUGCUGCUUGUUAACCUCCAUCACCCCUGUCAACACCUCAUUAACACUAGUAACCGCAGUGUUCUAAGCAGUCAGCUGGAUGGUCGCCGUUCGUAUGUAUGAACAUGUGGAGGUGGCCAUCUUAAGCUGCGAAUGCAGGCAGCGGUAUUUGGUCAUCGAGUGCAUGGAACUAAAAUUGGACACUCAACCGCCCAAACACCGCUGAACUUCUAUCUCCACCUACGUUUGGUUAUAUUCAUCUGAAAGGAACACUGUUUGGUGGAAGCUUAUUCCCGAAUGAGGGGCACAUAAUCAACAUACAGACUAAUAUCUAUGUUCGGCAGUUUGUGUGAUUUUGUACCGACCACUCAUCCCGAUUUCAUGGAACUAUUCUGGGCAGGAGCAUCGCGUGCGGUCGAUCAGAACUUUACCCCAGUGGCGUUUUGGCUGCGUUCGUUGAAUCUAGGCGUGUUUUGGAUAUGAUGGGCACUCAUAUCCAGGCUAUCCGGGGAUAUAGGACUUUAGGGGGUACCUGAUUGUGUGUGUAUUUUGGGGUGUAACAAUUGUACAUGUUCUGUACCUGAGAGAUAAUUUUAUUUAGAUGUUUACUUUCAAAUAGUUCUCUCUCAGUUACAGAGAAAAUGAUGGGGGAGAUUACCUUGUAAUGUUGAGUCAGAAACCCCCUGCAGUGGCUGUUGCAUAAAGGGCCGUGUGUGGCUUCCAAUAGACCAGUUUACCCCAGCAUUCAGUCUCGACUAAUGUAUGUAGGGGACAGCUAUACCUGCUAUAUCACUACUAUACCUGCUUUUGGAUUAUCGCUAUUGGGAAAGUCUGCUUGGGAUUUCUACAGCAUUACUCACUCCUAAGGGGAAAAAGGACAUCUCUGGCGGCAAAACCCGUGUUCCUACCUGGGUGGCCGCCACACUGACCAACGUUUCAUGCGUGCCACUCACUAUCUCCCACUGUGAUGGUGACUGGUUCCUGCUUUGGGAGCAUGCAAUGGUCUGCUUUCAGGUCAAGUAGCCACUGGGCCUUAGUGCGUCUUUCUUCCAGAUGUUCAAGUACUGUUCAGUCUUGGCUCUGGGUGGGUCAUGGGUGGAUAUGUUGUGGUUACAUGUUGGAUGGUUCUUUGAUAAACAUGGCAUUUAUUCUCUUAGCCUCUACUUUUCUGGUGUAUCUGCGAAGUCUGGUUGCUAGUGCUGUCAGCCUUUGCUUAGAUGUUUCCAGUGCCUCUUGAACAGGCACACCCUUGUAUUUCCUCAGUCGCAUAAUCUAUCCUGGAUCUUUCCACCGCAGUGAAGUUGAUCUAACUUACUAAUUUUCUUAUGUUUAGCCUAUAUCCUGGCUUCAAGUUUCUAUGCUGGGCAUUAUUUCUCAUUCAGCCUCAUCUUGUACUCAAGCAUUUGGAGGACCACAAGUGUUGUGGCAUAUAUGAGCUUGUUGGUCUCUGUGAUAGUGUUGGUUGGGACUGUGGACAGUGCCUCAUUAACUGCUGCUAGAAUACUUACUAGUGGCAGUUUUCCUGUGAUCUUUAGUAAUCAUGUCCGGUGGUAAAGGACUGUUAGCUUUUCUACGAUCAUCUUCCUUUUUUUUUUUUAUAAAUUCUUCUUUAUUUUGAAAUUUUGAUUGGUGGGGAAUGGGUACAGAAAAAAAGGAGUUGGAAGUGAAAGUAUAUCACACAUAUAUUACCUAAUUUAUAAACAAAUACAGAAUUCACGAUAGCAUCAUGGUACAGCUUGGUAACAGUUUAUAAUUACGCUCCGUAUUACCUUACAGUUUGCUGUUUGGAUUUGUUGUAUUCCGUCUUUUCCAUGGUCACACAUUAAGGUAGUAUCAUUACAGUGUUACCUCGGUAAUAGGAGAUACAGAAGAAAGAAAGGGGAGUGGGUAUUAAACUGUAACGGUCAUCUUUCUUAUAUCUGUUGUUAUGCCAUUUUGGUGCAGUGAUUCAUGCUGACAACCCUCUGUAAGCAUAAGAAUUUCUUCCUUGUCAUGGAUGUUUUGUGUAGUCAUCUAAUUAAAGUUGUGACACUAGCUUCCUCAAUGUUCAAAAGUUGUGUUGGGGAAGAUGAAGGUCUCUUAUUCAUCCAUAGUUCCCACCUACAUUUCAUGUAGCCCCUCUCUUUGGAUCUACUGAUCUACUGUAGUCGCCAUCAAGCAGGUCACGGUUCUUACUUCGUGUCAAGGAAUGGUUUGUUCCAGUAGCUCACUUGCCCUUGUUAAUCUAGGCAACAUUCAAGUCUGUAUGAUUUUCUUGGUUCAUGCUCUCAUCUAAUUAUUGAGGUGGGUGGGUACAUAUUGUUGGGUGUCUUGCCCAGACGCCUACUGGUGAGGUGAUCUGAUCAGAAUUAGAAACUCGGUUCCCCAGUUCUAAGGCAGUGACAUUACCACUGCGCUAGCUAUAUUUAUAUUUAUUUGUCAUUUGUUUUGUAAAAAAAAUCUUUGAGGUGAUGAAUAGAAAUCCAAAGUCCAUAUAAUUUAAUUCAAACACACACCCCAUUUUUACACAAUCUGUUUAAGGAGCACUGGAAAAACACUUAAACUGAUACCACAUAACUUAAUGACUGAAUAUAAAUGUUUUUCUAAAGUCUAUUCCCUAAUUAAGGAGUUUUACAUUAUUAAUUAUUAGUGAUGUCCCGAACGUUUCGCGAACAUUUCGCCACAGACUCAUCAUUGAGUAAACUUUGACCCUGUACCUCACAGUCAGCAGACACAUUCCAGCCAAUAAGCAGCAGACCCUCCCUUCCAGACCCUCCCACCUCCUGGACAGCUCACUAAGAAUGCAGCUUCACAAUGAAUGUAAAAUGGAUGCUGUCCAGGAGGUGGGAGGGUCUGCUGCUGAUUGGCUGGAAUGUGUCUGCUGACUGUGAGGUACAGGGUCAAAGUUUACUCAAUGAUGAGUCCGCGGCGAACCGUUUGCGGCGAACCGUUAGGGACAUCACUAUUAAUUAUUGUGCAUUUAAGCUCCAGUUCACAUGCUGUAUGCACACCUUAUUUUGAAGAAUGCAUCCAACGCAAGAAAUUAAUAUCCCAUAUCAAUGAUUUUCAUUUGACCUUAGCUUGAUUACAGAUAUCAAACUUAAUGUUAUUAGAUGCCCAAGAUGAUACUUGUCAGGUUUUCUGAUGAGAAUUAUCACAACCCAGCUCUGUGUGGGUCUAUUCUGGGCUUUUGUGUACAGACCACAUAAAAAGUGUCACUUAAGUUUUAAAUAUAAUAUUCUUAUAUUGUAAAAGAAAAAGAAAAAAAAUAAGCCUUCCUAGUGUAAACCCUUCAUUGCCAAUCAUAAAAGUGCUAGAUAUGUGAUUUGUUCUAUGAAUGUUUUAUUUUAACAUCUAAUGAAAUAUUGCAUUUGUUUUUAUGUUUAUGAGUUCUUGACCUUAGUUAUCAACAUUUGAUGCAUUAAGUAACUCAGUCAGAGGGUUGAUGAAAUAUCAAAAUUGUCCUGUAAAUAUAGUGUAGUUUUUUCUUCAUUAUACAGUGUUUAUAAGAAAAGGACAUGAUAAAUGGUUGUAUGAGUCUCAUGUAAUAAAAUGUUACUGCAGUAAAAAGAAUAAAAAAAAUGCAAAUUUGUUUAACCUGACCACUGACACAACUGAUCAGGCUAGGUGUAUAUAGAAUCAUUUCCAGUGGUGAGGCACUUGUCACUCCAAUUCUCAUUUAACUCAAAGAAAAGGCAGUUUUCAGGCAUGAUUGCUUGCCUUUUGCUGUAUCUGCCCAUGCUGUUAACGUCAUUUGGCAACAACAGUUGGCGUGGCAACAGAUAAGCAUCCACAUUCCUUGCUUUAAAUAAAAUCGGUGCAGGGUACUUAGAUUCGACCUUAGUUAUUGAACAUAAAAAUAAUAAAAAAUUAAAUAAAUAAAUAAAUAAAUAUAUAUAUAUAUAUAUAUAUAUAUAUAUAUAUAUAUAUAUAUAUAUAUAUAUAUAUAUAUAUAUAUUACUUCAAGUAGUGAGUGAGGAAACCUUUGCUUUCACCAUCCAUGAACUUAAAAAAGUAUUAAUUGUUAUAAUUUAAUUUGACAUUGCAUGCAUAGCUAACACAUCACAUAAUGGCAAAGUAAGUAUUCUUUAAAAAAUAUAGAAUUGAUUGUAUAUAUUCAUUUGCAGCAGGACUUGUACAAAUUUGCUUGCAAUCUAGGAGCCAGGUAAAAAAGUUAGGAACCAGGAUUUUUUUUAAAACUAACAAAGCUUUUUUUUCAUUGACAAAAAUACAAUUCUUAAAGGGACUUUAUAGUCACAAGAACCACUACAGCUUAAUGUAGUGCUUCUGGUGUGUAUAGCCUGUCCCUGCAGGCUGUGCACUGUAAACAUUGCCUUUUCAGAGAAAAGGUCGUGUUUACAUUGCUGCCUUUUAACACCGCUAGUGACAGUCACUCAGACGGCCACUAGAGGUGCUUUUUAAUCCAGUGCUUCACAGUGUGCAACACCAAAAUGGAGGCACUGAAUGUUUCGCACAGAGGCAUUUUGAUUCAAUGCAUCUCUAUUAAGAUAUGCUUAUUGGUGCAGCACUGCAUUUUGCCAUACAUGGGAAAGCAUUGCCUUGGCUAAGAUCAUCAAGAUUGAUUAUUGAUUAGCCAUGAGACCAGCACGGAAUGGGAAAAAGCGUUUCCCAUUCUAAAAACACUUUUCCCAGACGACAAACUCCCAGACGACAGGGCAAAAUUCCUAGUUGACAAGUUGAUCUGGCGUCCGGGAUUUAUCGAGACCUGCUUUCCAGUAAUACUGGCAGCAUAUAAUAUAAACCAUUAUACAUUAUGUUUUGUAAUAAUAGGUGUAGAAAUACAAAUACAUAUUUUUUAUCAAAUUCACAAAAAAAAACUAAAAAAACUGAGCAAUAUCAACAUAAAACAAAUUCAAUACUCUGGCUAUACUAGACAUCUAUAUUUCAAAAGCUUGCACAAAAGUCAUAGUGUGUUUUUAGAGACCUUUCCAACCCCCAGAUAAUGUUUAGGAGGCCUAUAUACAAUGGUCCAUGCAGGCUCUUGUACUGUAUACAGGCCACGGACAACGGAAUUACAUAUUGUAUAGCCGCUAUACACAUUAUUGACUUUAAGCAUUUAAGGAACUAAAGGUAAAAACUAAAAUGAGGAAGAAGAGUCAUAUUCUGUUUACUAUGAUAGUUUUACAGAGAUGUAUUGCCCCUCAUGAAAUGUACACUCAAACUAAAAGAUAAGUCUCAGUUAAAACAUCGGUUACUUGAUUACUAAAAAAUAUGGCCUUUGUUUAGCCUGUUAAAUAUAUUACGUGUUUUUCAUAACAGGGUUAUUGUGCUCAUGUAACAUAGGAAAAUUACAUACAAAGAUGGUUAUUAUUAAUGUUGUGAUCAAUUUUUUCAUGCUUUGCAUCAAAGUCUUUACCCAAGCUAUAUGUUUAAUAGCAUGAUUGGAGAAUGAUUGCAAUCAAAACAUUUAUAAUUCUGUACAAUAUCUGUUCUUCUGUGAUCAUCUUAAAAUAUAUACCUGUCUGUUUAAUCUGUCUGUAGUUGGCCUUGAAAUGUGAGUUGCCAUAUUAGUCCAAUAAUGUAGAUGCCAAAUUAUAUGUAUUACAAUUUAUUUUAAUACUUUUUUCAUUGGACUAACAGAAGUUUGGAGUGAUGAGCUUUCAAGACUUUCUCCCUUCAUCACAUCUAAAGCAUUACUCAAAGCUUAAGACUUGAUAAUGGGAGGAAGUCCCGGAAGUUUGUCACUACAAAUUUAUGUUAGUACAAUAAGAAAAGGUAUUGCAAUAAAGUGAAAAACUCCUUAAUGUGUCUCCUUGUUUGUUCAUCAUACUUCGGUAUCGAGCUUUUUUAGCAUGUAGGGCCUAAGAUCUUGAUUUUACAGCAUAUUAGAUGCAUACUGUAUAUAACAACUAAAUCCAUCGCACCAAAAAUAAGAAUAUAUUUAUGGACCUAGAAGAUGGCUUUUUCCCUUGUUCUAACAGCAUCCUCAGAAUCAUAGAGACUGUGACCAGGAAAAUUAUAAAUAAAACCAAAGAAAACGCAUCAUAUGAGAUCUCACUGCUGUUGCUACAUUGAUUUUGCAUCCAAGAUCCUUGAAAAAAUUGUGUAUGCGAGAUUGACAGACUUCCUCAAGUCCAACUCUCUGCUAGACCCGCUUUAGUCUGGUUUCCGCACUAAGCACUCUGUGGAAACGGCACUGGCCAAAGUAUCCAAUGAUCUACUCGCUGCAAAAUCUCGUGGUCACUACUCUAUCCUAAUUCUCCUUGACCUGUCUGCAGCUUUUGACACUGUUGAUCAUCAACAGCUUCUUCUCAUCCUCCGCAAUAUCGGUCUACAAGAUACUGCUCUCUCCUGGUGCUCAUCCUACCUCUCCCAGCGCUCUUUCAGUGUUUCUUUCUCUGGUUCUGCUUCUUCUCCCCAACUCCUCUCUGUUGGUGUCCCCCAAGGUUCAGUCCUUGGUCCCCUACUGUUCUCCAUCUAUACUGCCUCCCUUGGUAAACUCAUUAGCUCCUUUGGCUUCCAAUAUCAUUUCUAUGCAGAUGACACGCAAAUCUACCUGUCCUCUCCUGAUCUCUCCCCGUCCCUCUUGACUAGUGUCUCUGACUGCCUUUCUGCUGUUUCUAACUGGAUGGCUGCCCACUUCCUUAAACUAAACUUGACCAAAACUGAAAUUCUGGUCUUUCCUCCCUCAAGUGUUGUUACUCCUGUGUCUGUCUCCCUCCAAGUCAACAGUGCUACCAUCAGCUCCACCACGCAGGCAUGCUGCCUAGGUGUUCUCUUUGACUCCGACCUCUCCUUCAAGCCUCAUUUUCAAUCAUUCACCAAAUCCUGUCAUUUCCAUCUCAAAAGCAUUGCGCGCAUCCGCCCCUACUUAACGCCAGAUGCGACUAAGGUGUUGGUCCAUUCCACUGUCCUUUCUCGCCUUGACUACUGUAAUUCCCUUCUCAGUGGUCUUACGUGCUCCCAACUUGCACCGUUACAGUCCAUAAUGAAUAUGGCGGCGAGGCUCAUCUUCCUGUCGGCCCGCACCUCCCAUGCCUCACCUUCUGUCAGUCCCUACAUUGGUUUACUAUAAAAUAUAGAGCUCAAUUUAAAAUUCUGGUUCUUGCUUUCAAAUCUCUACAUAAUGCUGCUCCAACCUAUCUAUCCUCCCUUACACACAAGUAUAUCCCGUCUAGGCCCUUACGAUCUGCUGAAGACUUACAUCUAUCUUCUGUCCGUACUCCCACCUCUGAUGUUCGCCUUCAAGAUUUCUCGAGGGCUGCACCGUUCCUGUGGACCUUGCUUCCCUCCUCUGUUAGAUGCUCACCCAGUCUCCACUCCUGCAAAAAAUCAUUAAAAACCCACUUCUUCAUAAAAGCGUAUCAAUUAAACUGUUAAUAGCUCCUGACUGAUUCCUCUUCUGCAACUGUCACUAGUCUAAUACCAUCCUUACCUUUUUGUGUCAUUUUACCCCACUCCCUCUAGCAUGUAAGCUCAUUGAGCAGGGCCCUCAACCCCUCUGUUCCUGUGUGUCCAACUUGUCUGGUUAAAACUACAUGUCUGUUCAUCCACCCAUUGUAAAGCGCUGCGGAAUUUGACGGCGCUCUAUAAAUAUCAUAGUAAUAAUAAUAAUAAUAUCCAAUGUAGACUUCUAUCUAUGGAGUAAGGGAGAAUCAGAGGUAUUAGUUGGGUUCUUUUUAAUUUCUGAAGGUUCCUACAGAAUCCUGAUGAUAUUCACAAAACCUUAUUCCCUUUAUCUACAACAUUGAAAUAUCCUUUGUUGUGUUAAUAAAAACGUGCUGCAUGUCUCUUUAAAUUUUUAUACCACGAGGUUCCUACAAAUUUACAUUUAUUUGCCAUUAUACAGUUUUACCAUAAUACAGAUCUUUUCUUUCCCAGUUGUGUGCUUUAAAUGAUCUAUCUGCCACUUCCACUGGGUUAUCAAAAAAGAGUUGAAGGAAACCGUACGGUCCCAAUUUAGUAUUUUUUGACUAUCAAAAAUAUUAAAUCAGUUACAAAACGUAACCAAAACUAUUAAAACAGGUCAUGUGUUAGAACAUACAUCACAUACAAAUUGUAAUACAGGCAUAGUAAACAUUAAACGGACACUAUAGUCACCACAGCAACUACAGCUUAAUGUAGUUGUUCUGGUGAGUAUAAUUAUUGCAUUCAGGCAUUUUCAUGCAAACACUGCCUUUUCAAAGAAAAUGCAGUGUUUACAUUGCCCCUAGAGACACCUCCAAGUGGCCACUCCUCAGAUGGCCACUGGAGAUGCUUCCUAGGGCAGUGCUACACUGUAGGCAGCACUGCUGUUCAGCAACCCCACGCUCUGCAUAGGGGUUGCUGAAUUUUCCUCAUAGAGAUGCAUUGAUCUAUGAAGUGCUGAUUGGCCAAAACAGUGUUUGACCCCACCCUCAUACUGCCUUCUUGACGAUUUUAGCCAAUCCAAUGCUUUCCCUAUGGGACAGCAUUGGAUUGGCUAAAAAUCGGCAAUUCUGAUGGUCAUCAAGGAGGCAGAUCGGAGGCGGGGCCAGCACCGACAGACCCACGCGACGCUGGAAAUAAGGUGAGUUUUAAUUAUUUUUAAGGGGGCAAGCCACCCAAAUGGUGGGUUUAACACUAGUUUCAGGAAUACAUGUUUGUGUUCCUGACCCUAUAGUGUUCCUUUAGAAAACUAAAUAUUUCACGAACCUUCUUCUUGCUGUUCUCAGGGCAUUGUAUGCUGGAACACAAUCUCUUUGGUUAAAUUUCUCAACUUGAAUUGUUUUACUCAUUCCUUUGUACACCAGCUCAUUCUUUAUAAAAUUGGUGUCAUUAUCUUUAUGCAACAAAAUAACCCUUGCUUAAAGGGACACAGAAGGCACCCAGACCACUUCAUUGAUGUGGUCUGGGUGCACUGUCCCUGUCCCUUUUAACCCUGCAAUCUGAAACAUUGCAGUUUCAGAAAAAAUGCAAUGUUUACAUUGCAGGGUUAAGAUUGUUUCUGGUGGCUGUCUACCAGACCGCCACUAGAGGCACUUCCUGCUGUUUUAUUAAGUUUAACUCCAUACAACGUUGCUGGACAUCCUCAGGCUUUCCUACGGGGAAAACCUAAUGCAUGCGCAUAAGCUUUCUCCUUGUGAUGAUGCCAGUGGACUUUGGUGCUGGACUCGGGUACAUGUUUUAAAGUGUUUUUAACCCUCUAACUGCCACCAGAGGGGCAGUGUGAGUGGCUGGGCAGAGGGACACUGAAGUUUUAGGAAUACAGCUUUGAAUUGCUAACACUAUAGUGUUCCUUUAAAGGACCACUAUAGUGCCAGGAAAACAUACUCGUUUUCCUGGCACUAUAGUGCCCUGAGGGUGCCCCCACCCUCAGGGGCCCCCUCCAGCCCGGCUCUGGAACGGGGAAAGGGGUUUAAACUUACCUUUUUCCAGUGCUGGGCGGAGAGCUCUCCUCCUUCUCUCCUCCUCCGAUCCUCCCCGCUGGCUGAAUGCGCACGCGCGGCAUGAGCUGCACGCGCAUUCAGCCGGUCGCAUAGGAAAGCAUUUACAAUGCUCUCACUGUGAAAAAUAAACAAAGUUUCUAUGUUCUGCAUUUUGACCUUCUCGGUUAAAUCAUAACAAUCCAUGUUCUCAUUAAGUUUAUAGAAACGGUUACUAAAGGGGGUUAACAGACACGGCUGAGUUGGACAAAAGCACCCACACAAAUCAUGAUAUGAUAUAAAUGGCAUUUUUAAUACAGCUGUAUUCAUGACUAAACGUUUAUUUUAGAACAUAAAUCUAAGGACCGGAUAAGGCUCUGAGAUACAUCAACUAGCAGCCACUGAAAUCUGCAAUGUUUCUCUAAUUGGAAUAAUAAUUCAGCAACCACUUAUCACACCUUAGCAAUCUCUUUCAUGAAAUUUUUUAAUAAACCUAAUAAAUGUUAAUGAUUAACAGAUCAACUGCUGAGCAAGUUUUAUUAUCCAAAUGAGCAACUAACAGUCAUUGUUAUAUAGAUUAAUGUCAAACAUGUUGUCGUAGCACACACAGCUAAAGUUCAUUACAUGUCACCUAGCAGUAUUUAAUAUUAAUUUCACAAAUGAUGAUGAAAAAGGUCACAGAUCCUCAUAGUUCCAUCAAACGGUCACUUGGGUUAUUUUAUUUACAACAUAUUUUGCUGUACUGUAGAGCAUGUAGACACAGCGUACAAUAAUUGAUGAAAAUAUGUGUAUGCACACUGAGAGUAAAAACUAAAAAUACAGUUAUACUCAGGCUUCAGUUUAAAAUAAAAUUAGAUGAAAACUUCACAAAAAUAAAACCUUGAUGGGCCUUGUUUAAAGCAAUUAGAGAUAUGUUGAACUUAAGUUAGAACUAGCUUGGAAUUGUUAAAGGGACACAAUAGUGUCCCUGUCCCCUUAGCUCCGGAGGUAAAACAUUACAGUUUCAGAGAAACUACCAACUUUAUAUUGCAGGGUUAAGACUGCCUCUGUUGUCUGUUUCCCAGAUAGCCACAGAGUUUAACUCCAUGAAAGCUCACUAGCUGUCCUCACGCUUUGCAUGUUGACAUCCAGCUUCUUCUAAAUCCUUAUAGGAAAGCAUUGAUUCAUACUGGCCAUCUGGUUCUGUCUGCUCAAUAUUUUCCGUAGCCCAGUCAAACUAUCUAACUUAUUAUUAGAACGUUUUAUGCUAUAUAUUUAUAUAUAGACAAAAUGUGCAUUGGAAUAAAAGAUGUUCUUGAUGGUGUGAUUGCGUGGACCAUUGUAAGGAAAUAGUUUUGAGCAUCAAGUAAUAAUUUCAGAAUUUUAUAACCACUACUCUAUGGUAUUCCAUAAAAGACCUUUUAAAAAAAGUGUGGCCUGCAGAAGUUAUAAAAGCAAUUUAUUUGACUAAAGACAUAAUCAUUCCAUACAUCCAAGUUCUAAGUUUACUUCUUUAACAAAACCAUUUUUUAUUAUUAUUUAGUCCAUGAUUGAUGGAAAUUACAAUUUGUUUCACUGUCUAAGCCAGGCUUUCCCAAACUCCGGCCCUCCAGAUGUUGCUGAACUACAACUCUCAUGAUUCUCAGUCUAUCUAUUUCAUUCAUAGAAUCAUGGGAGCUGUAGUUCAGCAAUAUCUGGAGGGCCAGAGUUUGGGGAAGCCUGGUCAAAGCCGUUCAAAGUAGCUGCCAGGUCCAGCUACUUUCUCUGAUACCACUGGCUGAAUUUUCUAACACAGAACCAGCUGCUUCUAUGUACACAGAAAUCUUAUGCAUUGUAUAUAUUGGUCAAAAAUAUUAAGUGGAAUAUAAACCUGGUUUAUACAGUUAUUCUCUUCUCUAGGAAAUGCCACCUAGUAUACAAAAUGGAAAGUACAUGAAUUGAUAGGUUCAUGAAAAAAUGGGUGCAUGAUUUAAUUGGAUGAUAAGUCAAUAAAUAUAUUGUUUCAAUUGAUUUUAAAUAAAAAUGUAAAACUAAUUACUGUCCAAGCAGGCUUUUGAUACGUCAGUAAUGCAGAACCCAAGUCUUGUUAAAAGUCAUCGUGUGCAAUUCAGGUGUCAUCCGGUAUCGCAACACAAUACACUAUAUUCCUGCAAUGCACACCUUGACAUGGUUUGGUGAAGUAACAUUGUCGUUACAAGAAGCAUGUAUGUGUUCGUAUUGCUCUGAUAAGCAUUGCUUAGAAUUCCAAAGCGAUAAUGUCAUAAAAAAAAUACUAAUAGUAAUUCACAUACGAUUUAUGACACAUAAAGUGUCGUUUACUCCGUUUUAAAGUAAAAAUCAAAGAAAACAUGGCCUCAUUAUUUGUCAGGAAACAAAACAUAUACUGGAAAUUAUAUUAAAUUAUAUUAAAACUUGUGUUUACUUUUUUUCAUGUGACGCUGCUUUUUAAAUUUAUAUUAAAUUACAUCAUAAUCCAGUUAAGACAAGGCAAAGCCAGGGAAGAAAUUGCAGAUGAGGAGAGAGAGAAACAUUGCUUCAUUCCUCCUCUUUUUUUGUGUGGUUGCUCUAGGCUCACUGCCAGAUGCAAAGGACAGAGCUUAUAACAAUGGGAUUGGCAGGUGCCCUUAGAUAGAGGCGCUCUGUUGCAUGAUAAAAAGGUGUGGAUUUAUACAUUCUUUUUUUUUUUUCACACACACACCUUAAACACAUAUUUGUUAAAUAUGGGGAUAAGUAAAUAGAUUAUGAAAAAAAAACAGGGGAACAGACAGUUCCACUUAAAGGACCACUCGAGGCACCCAGACCACUUCAGCUUAAUGAAGUGGCCUGGGUGCCAGGUCCAGCUAGGGUUAACCCAUUUUUUUUAUAAACAUAGCAGUUUCAGAGAAACUGCUAUGUUUAUGAAUGGGUUAAGCCUUCCUCCAAAUCCUCUAGUGGCUGUCUCAUUGACAGCCGCUAGAGGCGCUUGCGUGCGUCUCACUGUGAAAAUCAGUGAGAGCACGCAAACGUCCAUAGGAAAGCAUUAUGAAUGCUUUCCUAUGAGACCGGCUGAAUGCGUGCGCAGCUCUUGCCGCGCGUGCGCAUUCAGCCGACGGGGCGGAUCGGAGGAGGAUCGGAGGUGGAGGGCUCCCCGCCCAGCGCUGGAAAAAGGUGAGUUUUUACCCCUUUCCCCCUUUCAGAGCCGGACGGGAGGGGGACCCUGAGGGUGGGGGCACCCUCAGGGCACUAUAGUGCCAGGAAAACGAGUAUGUUUUCCUGGCACUAUAGUGGUCCUUUAAGUAAAAAGCUAUUAGGACUACACUUGUUAAGCAUUUGCUUUAAUAGUCCCAUAUUCUGAUUUCACCUGAUUCCUCAUCUGAAAAGCACCGUUACCAUUACUAUUAACACAUGAAAAUCCUAGCAGCUAUCCUUCAACUACAGAACCCUACAGAGGUUCAGAAACCUUUAUCAUCUGCUACAACAAGUGAUAAUUGGAGAAUGUGAAACAAUGCCAUUUAUUAUAAAUCAUAUUACAUUAUUGCCACUGGAGAUCAACUGUUCAUUGGUUAAUUAUUUGAUUUUGCGAUGCUCUGCAAAACAAUGUAGUAUACAAUGUGCAUAGUAUUCUAGAAUCAGUCAAAGAUAGAUAGAUAGAUAGAUGAGAUGUCUCUCUCUCUCUCUCUCUCUCUCUCUCUCUAUAUAUAUAUAUAUAUAUAUAUAUAUAUAUAUAUAUAUAUAUAUAUAUAUAUAUAAAACAAAAGGGUUCCUUACACUCACGCUUUCCUUAGGUAUUGCCAGGUGCCAAAGUCAACUGGCUGAUGCACAUAACAAAUCCAAUAGUGAUGACUGCAAUCCUCGGUCUUCGUAUAAAAUCAAAAUAGCUUUAUUAGAUAUACAUUAAAAAGAGAAAGAUAGACGUUUCAGCCCCACUCUGGGCUUUCCUCAGGAUAAAAAAUUACAUACUUAGAUAAUUACCAUGUAUGUAAUUUUUGAUCCUGAGGAAAACCCAUAGUGGGGCUGGAACGUUGAUUUUUCUCUUUUUAAUGUAUAUCUAAUAAAGCUAUUUUGAUUUUAUACAAAGACUGAGGAGUGCAGUCAUCACUAUUGGAUUUGUUAUAUAUAGAAAUACAUACACACCUUUAAAAAGCUACACUUUCUGGUUGCAAUAUCACUGUUAAAUGGAUCCAUCUGCUCUUAAUUAGUUGAUAUAUAGGUCAGAAAAGGGUAAAGUAGCCCUUUCUUAACCUUUCCAAAGCUUUUAAUUAAAACUUUACACAUUUUUCAAAAAACAAAACAAAACAAAAAAACAGCAUACAGCCUGUUUUGCUAAAAUUUUUAUAUGCUAAAUGGAAGAAAAACAUAACAUUGUCUGCAUUGCUACAGAAAACACAUGAUACCUUUACUAAAAGUGUAGAUACACAAACCUUAGGUCAUCACAUAAUUUGGUUCUUUCAUGCUUGGCCCUCUUUUGGGCCAAUUUACCCCAAUAUAAUCUACUUAGACUUAUAUAUGGCAAAGUAUGCAUCUAAACUGAAUUAAAUGUGAUGUGGUUUAAAAUGCUGGGUGUCAUACAUGUAGCAUGUAUGGAAAGAAUGUACAUAUACCUUUAACUAUACAUAAACCCUCAUGUGUCAAAUAUAGUUUUAUUACUGUAUAUGCUAAUCUUUGUCCAAUCAGUGUCCUCGGUAGCAACUGGAAGAACACAAAUGUGCAUUGGGCCCUUUGCACAUAUAGCCUAUCUCUUUUCCAAGCUCAUUACCCACAUACCUUCUGUGUCUUAUUUCUCAUAUAAUGUAUUCCCUAUGCCCACAGACCCUUGGUAUGGGCUGUGAUCCCUCCUAUCUCUUAAUUUCCCAUUAAAUUUAUCUGUGAUUCAGCCUUUCUGUAAAAAUGGAUUUUAUACGGCUGCAAAGUCUAGCUGCAGAUGGACGUUAGAACACACAAGACCAGAAAUACAAAUUUAUGUUUUAGUCCAGUGUAAAGUUCAGCUCCAGGCCCAUAAAGUCUAAUCCAGCAAAGGUGGACAUUUAGAAUUCAGUGUUCAGUGUGACAGUCAAUAGAAACUAAAUACCACAUGACGUUCUCAAAAAGGUUUAAAACAGGGUUUUGACAACUAGUUGGGCCACACUUAAGAAAUGAAAAAGAGAAAACAGCUACCCACUCGUUGUCCAGCCCAUAUUAUAUAUUUACAUGGUUCUGGCUGCUUUGGGGGCAAUCUAGAAGCUUAGUGGAUAACCCUCCCUGCUUUUGAGAACAAAUAUGCAAUCUUGAUAUGAAAAGAAAAUGUGAGAUCUUUAAAAAGGUAAUUGCCUUAAUGCAUCAAGGAAAGCAUUUAAGCAAUCAUGUAGCACAAUGUUAGAAUGUGGCUCUGAAAAGGACCAUUUAUUUGGUUUCCAUGCCCUUUGCUCUAAAUGAAUGUUGACUUGCUUCAAUUGUGUUCGAUAAAAUUACCCCUUAUUCUUCAAACUGUGAUUUCAAUUAAUUUUAAAUAAUGGACAGUAUUCAUUCCAGUAGGUAAAUAUUCCGAUAAAGUCAAACACAUACUUUAGGUCAGUUUCAUACAAUUUGGAUAAAAAGCAUGUUAGUCUGAUUAAAAAUUGAGCCAUGGAGUCAGUAUUUGAUUUAAUUGCACUAAUCAUUUGUUCAUUUACACUAAUAGAAGCUACAUUCAAGAUUUCAAAAGCAUUUUGAUAGAAAAUUAGAUAAAGUGAAUUCCGGUCAGAGAAAGGCAAGUAUUGGACAUACAUUAAGCAUUAAUGAAAAUUGACAGUAGAUAAAGGCAGCAGAGAGCAAGAAUGAAGGAAAUUGACGAGAAGAGGUAGAUUUGGUCUUCAUCAAUAGAUAGUGAUUCAAUUAUUGUAAUUGGGUUGAGUUAGAAUACCAUUCUAAAUGAAAACAAAGCACUUUCAUUGCUGCAUUUGUGUUUUCACAGUUUGGUUAGCUGUAAUGAUGAUUUUUUUUUAUUUUUUUUUACAUUUUUGUAUUUUUGAUAAACAACUGUUAGGCUAGCACUGGCACUUACAGACUAAAAUAGAAUUAUUAAAGGGAAUAUAACUGGAUGGGUAUUUAAAAUAUGGGUAAUUAUAGCAGGGGUCCGAUAUGCAGAUAAAAUAGAACUGGUUUGAUGUUUACAAAAAUAAUACAAUUAAACAAUAUACCGUAAGCACAUUUUUAGAUACUCUGAUAGUUUGCUAUUAUUGCUUUCUGUUUUUAUAUUUUAGGAUGUUUUUUCAAAAGGAAAGAUUUAUCUGACUGCAAUAACAAAAUUGGAUAUAAUGGGUGAAAACAAAUUUGAAAUAGUCACAUCACAAAGAACAUUUGUUUUUCGAGUGGAAAAAGAUGGUACGUACCUUGAAAAAUACAGUUGGAAAGAAAAUCUAAAAGUUUGAAAGAUGUAUGUAUAACCAUGAUGGCUACUUCUUUGACUAUGAAACAAACAAACAAAAGAACAUAAACCCCAUGACCUUCUUGUAUAGGUUAUGGUACAAGUAGAUACACAGUCCCGGUCUCCCUUGUCCAAGUUUCUUCGAAUCACUGCAACUAUAUGCCCACACCCAUACUCGAAUAUAUAUCACAGGGAAAGUGAUGCGUUCCCCAACCUAUUUACAGAAUUUUAGUGUUUACUUGCUGCACAGGUGCACACUUUGCAAGUUCACUUUCUGUGCUUUGAUAUUCCACAGGUUCUGUCACCUUUGUAGCUCUACUCAUAAAGCUUCUAUGAUAGAAGAUAAAACCAACUAUAAUUAUGUUGUGGAAUGCAGCUAUAUUCACAUCACAAAAUCCAAUUUUUGGGCCAUUACUUUCCAUGCCAAGUCUUUGAUAAUGUAGUCUUUUUUUCAGCAUACAUUAAAACUGCAAAACUUGAGCCAAAAUCGCUGCAUUUAAAAAACAAAAAUAAGCUCUAAAUGUGUUAUAUUUCCAUCAUGACUGCUUUGACAAAAUAUUGCAAUUCCCUUGUCAAAUCACCACGUUGUUUAUUGACCUCCAAUUUUCUGAAUACCUUCAUUUUAAUAUCCUCCAAAAACCAGUGUAAACCGUAUUCAAAUUUGUAUUCAUAUAUCUGUUUAAAUUUAUUUGUUUGUUUUCACCAUUUAGGAGACAGGUGGAAUUGGAUCAGCACAAUGCAAAAUGCCUUAAAAUCGAAACAAAAAAAACAUCCUUCUCUUAACCUCAGUGAAAAAAAUGGAUACCUUGAGUUAAAAGGCUAUAAAAACAAAAUUUUUACUUUGCUGAGUGAAAGCAAAUUAUGGAUCAGUAAAAGCAAACAGGUAUGUUUAAACACCAUAAUUAUUGUACUAGGAGAAUCAAGCAAAGCAAAAUGUUUCUAAAAUUAAAUAUUGUUAUUUGUUCACAAAGUGCUGACAUUCUUUUCUAGAAGGAAGAAAAGUAACCAUUCAAAAGGUUUGUUUUAGAACACGCUGUGUUAAAUGGAAUUUUGUGGCUGAGUUAUUUUGCGGUGUGGAAUAAUUUACAUGGUAAAUCCACUUUAACAUUCUAGAUGUUUAACUUACUUUAUUAAAAUAAAUGCAUGAAAGUCAUGUACGCUUUAAGUACAUUUCCCUGACCUUAUGUAUAAGUACCCCAAAGGCUACUGUGGACAGAGUAUGCUUCAGUACCAUGUUUAUUUUAUAAGGAAAAUGCUGAGAACAGCUAAAUGAAUAAUUGGCAAAUGAAUGUAAGAAUUUAAGUGAAGAGGACUCUGUAAGUUCUGAUUUUCUUCCAUGUAAAUAUGCAUGUGUAUGUGAGUAGUCAGCUCAGAGAAACACUUAAAUGCAAAUAUUGCCAACACAUUCUGGCAUUUUACACACAAAUGGAUACUGACAUACAUACUAGUACACACAAUAACAACAACAUACACACGUUGACACUGGGCAUUCAGGGACAUUAGCAAGCACACAUGCUGACAUUACACACAGUUGAACAUUGUCAUUCAGGCAUACUGACAACGUACAUACAAACACUCUCAAACCCACAGACCCAUAUUGCAUACCUACAGAAACGCUAACACAUGUACUCACUGUUCAAACUUUCAAAGGAAUACUGACAUUCAUUCUAACAUGUCAAACACAGGAACAGUGACAAACGCGCAUACUGAUAUUACGUACAUGCAGGUAUAAUCACAAACAUUACAAAUUGACAUUGCGCAUACACAAACAGGAAUACCAGCAUACAAACAUACCAAUUAUGCCCACACAGAAGCAAUGACAAAUAUAUACAGGAUUUAUACACACACACAAAUCAGCCACAACAUUAAAACAACCUGCCUAAUAUCAUAUAGGUACCCCGCAUGUUGCCAAAACAGCUUUGAUGCAUUGAGUCAGGGACUCCACCAGACUUCUGAACAUGUCCUGUGGUAUCUGGCACUUAGACAUUUGCAGCAUUUCCUUUAAGUCCCGAAAGUUGUGAAGUGGGGUCUUCAUAGGUCGGAUUUGUUAUGUAAAAAUAGGCUGAAAAGAGACAUGUGUUUAUCUAGUUCAGCCUUUCCAACAGAUACUCAAUCAGAUUGAGAUCUGGGAAAUUUGGAAGUCAAGCUAACAUCUUGUUCCUCAAGCAAUUCCUAAACAAUUUUUGCAGUGUAGCAGGGUACAUUAUUCUGCUGAAAGAGGCCACUUCCUUCAAGAAGCACUAUUGCCAUGAAAGUGUGUACGUGGUUUACAACAUUCUACAUGUAGGUGGUAUGUGUCAAAGUAACAUCCACAUGAAGACCAGAACCCAAGGUUUAUCAGAAGAACAUUGUCCAGAGUUUACCACUGUCUCUGCCAGCUUGCCUACUUUCCAUAGGUCAUCCUGCUACCAUCUCGCACAUGUACUUGGCCAGGGGUAGAUGACCUUUGACACUCCCGAUGUUGUGGACUACAUCUCCCACAAUGUACAUCCCUCACAGCAAUAUUACUGGCAAAGCAUCAGAGGAGAUGUAGUCUGCAACAUAUGGAAUGCUGAACAUUGCCUAGCGUAGCACUUGAUUCAUCAGAUCAGGCAACCUUCUUCCAUUGCUCAAGGGUCCAUUCAUGACAUGUUCAGUGGUGGACAGGGAUCAUCAUAGGUAUUCUGACCAGUCUGUGGGUGCACAGGCACAUACACAUUAAACUGCUUUGACAUCUUUCUAUCAUAGCCAUAAUUAAGUUCUUCAGCAAUUAGAGCUACAGUAGCACUCCUGCAUGAUAGGAUCAGACUGGCUAACCUUCUCUCCUCACGUGUAUCAAUGAGCCUUGGAUGCCCAUGACUUUGACGCCAGUUCACCAGUUGUCCUUUUUUGCACCACUUUUGGUAGGUACUAACCACUACAUAGUGGGAACAUACUCUGUUUCAGUUGUCUAGUCCUCACUUUUUGGCCUUGCUCAAAGUCACUCAGAUCUUUUUGCUUGCCCAUUUUUCCUGCUUCCAACAUCGCUGUAUUUAGCGCAAGGCUUUCAGUGAGGCGGCAAAAAAAGCCAUACCCCAAACGCCCUGGCAAAUGCCUUGUCAGCUUCUUGCCCUGGGGGACCAAAGAGCUGGCUGGCUGGCCCCUUCAGUGCCCUCCGAGGCUGGCAUCUCCUGAUGUAGGCAGGCGGUGAGGGAUCACUGCAGUGAUGCCGGAGCCGGAAUAUGAUGUUACUCUGGUAUCGCUGAGAGGUGCGCGUGGGAGCUGAGCUCCCUCAUUGCCCGCCUGAACUCUGCUACGGUCUCCCUGACCACCUCCAGCCCAGCCAGCAGCAGCCCCACUGGACCACAGGGAAAAAUCCAAAAUGUAAGCAAAAAUUUUUUUAGAAGUGUGUUGGUGUGUGUUUGUUAAUGUGUGUUAGUAUGUCUGUUAGUAAGUGUGUGUGCCUGCCUGUUAGUGAGUGUUAGUGUGUAUCUGUUUGUUAAUGUGUGUCUGUUAGAGUGUGUGUCUGUUAGUGAGUGUCUGUGUGUCUGUUAGUGAGUGUGUGUGUGUCUAUCACUGAGAGUGUAUAUGUGUUUGUCAGUGAGUGUGUAUGUAUGUGUGUCUAUCAGUUUGUAUGCGUGUGUCAGUGUGUGUAUUCGUGUCUGUCACUGAGAGUGUGUGUCUAUCAUUGAAUGUGUGCGUCUGACACUGAGUGUAUACAUACCUGUCAGUGAGUGUGUGUGUUUGGCGCUGUGUAUCUGUCAGUUAGUAUGUGUGUCGCAGUCUGUGUGUGUGACACUGAGUGACUGUGCAUCUGUCAGUGAGUAUGCAUGUGUGUCUGUCAGUGUAUAUGUGUGUAACGGAUCGCCUGGUACCCCGACUGGGUACCUCCAUUGAAGGAUGCUCCUAGCGCUUCCUGAGGACUCCAAGCACUCUGGCAGACACCACAAUCACCAAACCAGAGAAGCAAAUAAAUUCUCCCAAGCAUAUGAAUGCUGUAGACAGUUGAAUAGGAACCAUACAAAUAGGUUUACUCUCCUAGCAGUCAAACUGGAAACGCAUACAAUAAAUCCUUCCCCCAAUAAUGAGACGACACUUCACUUUGAGGGUUAGAACAGAAACUCCUGUGCUGGCACACCCAGCCUGGUUUUUAUUACAGUCUUUCACAUACAGGACCGCCCACAGGGAGGUAUAAAACAACCACUCACAUAUCCGUUACAUCCCACAUAUUCCCUCCCCUUAUCCUGAGAGGAAACUCAAUUACACAUACAGUUAAAACAUACUUUCUACCCAACUUUCAUAACUUUAAAACCAUACAUCACAUUCACAUAAAAUUACAUAUUCACAAUCAAUCCAUUCAGGGGAACAACAUAUUAAAAAAUGGCAUGAAUCCGACCAGGGGUUCAAAAGUUAGUAAAAGUAUCUUUUGGGCCCUGGCUGGCACAUGGAUAUCUGGCUCAAACAGGUUUUACAGAGCCCUCUAUCCUGGAGACAAUGGGGGAAAGUAAUCCAAUUAUCCAGGGAUAGAGGCAGACUCCAUUGAGCACAUGGUUGCAAAAAGGAGACCGUAUCUUCAGAAGGAUAUUGAUACCUUAGAGACCGUAUCUUCAGAAGGAUAUUGAUACCUUAGAGAGGGUUCAGAGAAGGGCUAUUAAACUGGUUCAUGGAUUGCGGGAUAAAACUUACCAGGAAAGGUUAAAGGAUCUUAACAUGUAUAGCUUGGAGGAAAGACGAGACAGGGGGGAUAUGAUAGAAACAUUUAAAUAUAUAAAGGGAAUCAACACAGUAAAGGAGGAGACUAUAUUUAAAAGAAGAAAAACUACCACAACAAGAGGACAUAGUCUUAAAUUAGAGGGACAAAGGUUUAAAAAUAAUAUCAGGAAGUAUUACUUUACUGAGAGGGUAGUGGAUGCAUGGAAUAGCCUUCCAGCUGAAGUGGUAGAGGUUAACACAGUAAAGGAGUUUAAGCAUGCGUGGGAUAGGCAUAAGGCUAUCCUAACUAUAAGAUAAGGCUAGGGACUAAUGAAAGUAUUUAGAAAAUUGGGCAGACUAGAUGGGCCGAAUGGUUCUUAUCUGCUGUCACAUUCUAUGUUUCUAUGUUUCUAUGUUUCUAUGUUUCUAAGACAUAAAACACUUUAAAAUACAUAAAGUCACCUUUUACACAUAACACACAGACAUUUCACAUAUCCCCAGAUAGCUGGGAUCUGAGCGCACAAAACUACCGAAUAGCGCUCAGAUCCUAUUCACACAGUUCAAUUGCCAUGGAGCCGAAGUCUUUAACUACACGAAUGGGCUCCAUGGCAUAGCUAUCUGGGUUAACACAUUCACAUAAAGUCUGGUCCAUAGUCCAAAGGCAAGAGGCGGGCAAGCAGCCCCCUCCAAGGACACGUGUUUGUCGGUGAAUGUAAAUGUUUGUGUAACUGUGAAUGAGUGAGUGUGUAUGCCUGUGAAUGUAUAUGUUUCAGUGAAAGUGUGUGUUGGUUAAACAGUAUGUGUAACAAUGACUGUGUAUCUGUAAAUGAGUGUAUGUCAGUGCAUGCAUCAGUGAGUGCAUGUGUCUGUCAGGAUGAGAAAUUUGGAAAGAGGGGGGGGGGGUUUGCCUGAGUUUUGUCAUGCCUAGGGCAGCACAAACACCAGAAUACACCACUGGCUUACAACACAUUAAAUUCAAGAGCUGUUUACUUGUUGCCUAAUGUAUCCCAUCACAUGACAUGUGCCACUGUAACAAUAUAAUCAAUGUUAUUCACUUCACCUGUCAGUAGUUCUAAUAUUGUGGCUGUUCAGUGUAUAUCAGUGUAUAAACAGACACAUAAGAAACUGAUAUAUAUUCAAAUACAGACAUUGCACAUUAUAGUUACAUAGCUGAAAAGAGACUUGCGUCCAUCAUGUUCAGCCUUCCUCACAAAUGAUUUUGCUGUUGAUCCUAAAGAAGGCCAAAAAGCUAUUACCCCCUAAUUAGAAAUUAUAUCAAUGUAUGUUAUGUUUUUGCAAGUAUUUAUCCAAUUGCAGUUUAAAAAUCUGUAUGGACUCUGAUAAAACCACCUCUUCAGGCAGAGAAUUCCAUAUCCUUAUUGCUCUUACUGUAAAAAAAAAAAAACCUUUUCUUUGCCUUAGAUGAAAUCUCUUUAAUUCCAGCCUAAAUGUGUGACCUUGUGUCCUAUGUAUAGCCCUGUUUAUGAAUAGAUUUCCAAAUAAAGGUUUGUACUAGUCCCGAAUAUAUUUGUAUAAUGUUAUCAUAUCCCCUCUCAGGCGUCGUUUUUCCAAACUAAAAAGAUUAAUUUUUUUAACCUUUCUUCGUAACUAAAAUGCUCCAUUCCUUUUAUCAAUUUUGUAGCUCGUCUCUGCUCUUUUUCUGGUACCAUGAUAUCUUUCUUUAGAAUAGGUGCCCAAAAUUACACAGCAUAUUCAAGGUAUGGUCUUACCAGUGAUUUAUAAAGAGGCAAAAUUAUAUUUUCAACUCGAGAAUUUAUGCCCCUAUUUAUACAUGACAAAUCCUUACUGACCUUAGCAACUGCAGAUUGACAUUGCACAUUGCUGCCUAAUUUGUUUUCUAUAACAAUUCCCAAAUCCGUCUUGUGUGUGGUUAUCCCUAGUUCACUACCAUUUAGGGUGUAAAUUGCUUGUGCAUUCUUAACCUCGAAGUGCAUAGCUUUGCAUUUGUCUACAUUAAAUUAUGUAGUAACACUGAAACCCUGAAACUCGAAUACACAUUAAUAGCACACAUAAACACAGCAAGAUUGCAAAUGAAGAACCAUUUACAAACAGUCAACAUAGUUCAGCAAGCAAACCAUGACAUGUACUGAUUUUUACAAACUAUAUUUUAUUUAUUCAAUUAACAUUUAUUAAAUUACUGUCACACUAGGAAACUUUUAAAGGAUUUGUCUGUGAGAGAAUAUUUUAUUUCACAAAUGGCUUUUACAAUUAAAUUAUGAAAACUAAAUUUUAGAUAGUGUACCUGAAGCUCAAAAGAGAGCCUGUUGUGUGUGAUGUCAUUUCUGUCACCCCCUCUUAAAUGUCAGCGUUUCUCCAGUAAACAUGGAGACAUUAAAUAUAAAGGGAAUUAAUUGCAAAAUGCAGCAAUUUUAAAUGUGAGUAUUUUGUGUUUUUUUAUUAUUUUAGAUAAAUUGUUUUUGCACAUUUUAAAUGCAUUAUCUGUGCAUAGUGAUGUCCCGAACAGUUCGCCGUAGACUCAUUAUUGAGUAAACUUUGACCCUGUACCUCACAGUCAGCAGACACAUUCCAGCCAAUCAGCAGCAGACCCUCCCUCCCAGACCCUCCCACCUCCUGGACAGCAUCCAUUUUGAAGCUGCAUUCUUAGUGAGCUGUCCAGGAGGUGGGAGGGUCUGGAAGGGGGGGUCUGCUGCUGAUUGGAUGGAAUGUGUCUGCUGACUGUGAGGUACAGGGUCAAAGUUUACUCAAUGAUGAGUCCGCGGCGAACCGUUCGCGAACCGUUUGGCAAACUGUUCGGGACAUCACUAUCUGUGCAAUGUUUUAGGUAAAGGAUGGGUCUGUAUCAGUCUGGAGUGCUCUUUUUAAACCUCAUAAUUUGCUGAGCUGUGCUGUAGUCCAGUGGUUCUCCAAGCCAUGGCCCACUAACAGUCCAGGAUUUAUGUAUUUCCCUGUUUUAUUCCAAUAGAGAUACUAACAAAACCUGGAUUGUUGGUGGGUCUUAGACUGGUUUGGGAAACUCUGCUGUAGUCUGUAGUAAAAAGACUAUUAACUCAACCCAUGCACACUAUUUUUUUUUUAAAACGUGACUUUUUAAGUUGAAACAGCUGACUUCAACAGAGACCUAAUUGUUGUCACCCAAGUUUCUUUGAAAAUACAAGUAGGAAAUUUAAGAUGAGGGGCUAGACAAUGGAUAUUAACCCAUUAGCUGCUGAAGGUGUAACUUCACCUCCAGCCAUGUCAUUGCUGUGUCACAUAGAAUGUCAGUCAUUACUGGUCAGCUGAUGUUUUCAGCUUAUGAAUGACGAAGACUGUGCCCUGCAAAAGAAGUGCGUCAUUGGACCAUCAAGGAGCAUCAGAGCCAAGCAGGACCCACAUAAGGGAGCGUACCAUUGCUAAAUGGUUUGCCACAUUACUGGGCAAUUGGGCCAGGGUAUUCCUGUCAUCAUAACCACUACAGCGGGCUGUGGAUAGGAUGACUUGAGUAAACCAUUACAUGUAGACUAGCAUACCAUACAGUAUUUAUAAUAUCCUUGAGAUGAGUGCUAAAUAUGGGCUUCCUAUCACUCAUUUUUAUAAUUUUACCCUUUCCUGUCAUAAAAAGCAAGCUUUUACACCAGUCAUUUAGCAUUUAGACCCACCUGCAUCAACAUGGAAUAACUACUAACUAGGAGGGAGAUCAAAGUAAUGUAUUGCUGGGGUGACAAGUCAUGUUGGAUUAAUAGUUUUUCUUUUAAAUAAUUUAUUGUAUGUUACAGUUUAGCCUAGUAUACCGCAGCAACGUCUGUUAAUUUAGUUUAUGCUCUUCUUGUAAGGAACAUUAUUCCGUGUUAAAAUCACUCAAUGCCUUUCUAAUGUACAACUUAUAGAUCAUUUUCCUAUGCAUAUAGACAUUCCUUUUACCCAUUUAGUCAGUCAUAAAACUGCACUUUAUAAUUUCUCACUGGCUACUAAAUUGGGCCAAUUUCAUGAUAGUUUUUUAUUGGCAAGAGAUUGUGGUCAUAAUGUAUAAGAGAUUAAAACAGUGGUCUAGCUAUAAAAAAGCCAGUGACAAAACUCAUAUGAUUGAUAUAUUUACUGUUUUUCACCAUCCAUCAAUAAAAUAAGAAAAUUAUUCAAUAGUAAACCAUAAUUUUAUAUAUACUAUAUUUUAAGUUUUGAUUUUUCUGCUUCACGAAAAAGGAUACUUUAUUACAUAAUAGAAUGUGUCAUUAUAAUUACAUAGCUGAAAAGGGACAUGCGUCCAUCAAGUUCAGCCUUUCUCACAUUUUUUUUUGCUGUUUUUCCAAAAAAAGGCCAAAAUCCCAGUUUAAUGUGCUUUCAAAUUUGCAUCAGUUUAAGUUUGGACUAGAAGGUAUAUGAUAUUGAGUUUGGAAUGCGAGUCCGUGCCUCUAUGUUCUGUGAAUUCCCUUAGGAACGCUUUAAAACGCUUUAAAACCUUAAACAAUUUUAUCUCUUGCUCUGUAAAUUGAUCUUUAAUCACACACAGGAGGCUCUUGCAGGGUCUAGCAAGCUAUCAACAUAACAGGGGAUAAGAAAAAUCUAAAUUAAACAAAACUUGCAAUAAAGAAAGUAUAAACUUUAGAUUACUCUUUACAGGAGUGUUCAGGACUCUGCAAGUCACAUGCAGUAAGGUGUGACUAGGGUCCAUAAACAAAGCGAUUUUACUCCUAAAGGGCAGAGAAUUGAGCAGUGAGGCUGCAGGGGCAUGUUCUAUACUCCAAAACUGCUUCAUUAAGCUAAAGUUGUUUUGGUGACUAUAGUGUCCCUUUAAUAUCUAACAUAAAAAAACGAGCUUAAGCACCUGUCAGUCAGCAUAAGGUCUUCCACACAACCUGCAUCAAAUUUAUUCAUGAGAUAACUAUUAACAUGAAGGAGAUCAAAGUAAUGUAUUGUUGGAGCAGACAAGUAAUAUUGGAUUAAUACUUUAUCAUUUGAAUAAUUUAUUGUAUUUUGCAGUUUAGCCAUUACGAGUAUUUCCCCACCAGGUCCAUGUUACUUAAUUCUAUCAUUUUUUUUAAAUUACAUUAUUCAGUAUUAAUCUCCCUUGUUGCCUUUCUAAUGUGCAACAUAUAGAUCAUUUUCCUAUUCCCAUAGACAUUUCUAUUACAUGUGCUUUUUAUGCAGUCAGUCAUAAAAAUGUACUUUAUAAUUUCUCACUGACACCUAAAUUGUGUCAAGUUGAUGACACUUUUAUUGGCAAGAGAUUGUAGCCAUAAUGUAUUAUAGAUAUAAACUGUGGUCUAGCUAUAAAACAGCCAGUGCUAAAGCUCAUAUGGUUUAUCUAUUUACUAUUUUUUGACGUCAGUCAAUAAAAUAACAAAAUAAUAUAUAUCAAUCAAUAGUUAGUUUAAUAUAAAAUAUUUUAUGUUUUGAUUUCCUGCUUAAUGAAAAAAAGAUAUUCCAAUAGGAUGUGUCAUCAGUUUGACUUUGUCAAAGAAGUCUGGGCAAACAAUAACUCGGAAGAUAGCAUUUUUUUGGGAUCAAAGUGCAAAUCAGUGAUGUUUCGACUUCGCAAUGCAAAGCAAAGACCUCAUUGCAAGGUCGAAAGGACAUGAUACCAAAAAAAAAAAAAAAAAAAUACUAUAUUCUGAGCUAUUGUGUGCCUGGACUUCUUUGGAAUACUGUGAUUAAAGGAGGUUGUGCUGUCUCCUGUUCAUUCCACACCAGUUGUGACUCUGCUGUAGGUAUGCGGUUCCUAUAUAUAUAUAUGUGUGUUAAGGGCUCAUGAUAGUACAGAAGAAUCAAACACUGAUAAGUGUAGGAUGGUAUUAAAAGAGCAAGUCGGUUGUGGUGUGUCGGAACCGACGAUGAGGUAGGUCUGUAAAUAAAGAGGGCCCACCAAGAAGAAAUGUAAAGAAAAGGGAGUUAAUAAUGAGUGGUGGGAGGGUGAUGCAGCGCUGACCUCGAACGGUAUGGAGCCAGGUAAGGGGUGUCCCUUAAGUAGGGAAGUGGUGUGUCAUACGCCCCUCCCACAAUUACAGGCCAAAAGGCCUUAAUACACAUAUAUAUAUAUAUAUGUAUGUAUGUGAGUUUGGACUAGAAGGUAUAUGAUAUUGGAUCUGGAGUGAACCUCUGUACUCAGUAGGUUCCUCUUAGGAAUGUUACAACUUCAUUACAUAAAGCUGGCAGUAAUUUAUAAGGAUGGAAGUAAAAGUCUGACUUUAUCUUGCAGGAAAAAAAGUCUACACAUUUUUAGAUCUUGACAUGGAACCUUAAGUUCAAGAAUGUGCAAUGGGGUCCCCAAACUCAUGCCUCAUAAUAUACCCUAAUGCUAGGUCCUCGUCACAGAGUCUUCCUCUUGUCAUUCCUAUGCAGUGACACAUAUACAUAGCAAUAAUGCUACCUAGUGCUAGAUUACCUCUUUCCAGAAAUCUGCUGUGUCAAGGGGAAUGAUAGUGUCUACUGACACAAAUAAUAAUCAAACUUUACCUUUUAUUCUUUGAUUCAUAAAUAAAAUUUCAACCCCAAUCUGCUACACCGAUGUCCUUAAACUAAGUGAUAAUAGUAGAUGUGGUGGAACACACUUAUUGUAAAUAAAACAAACAAACAAAACAGUAUUACAGAAUGGUGAUUUGCAGCCUGUUUCUACCUUAAAAAGUGUUCUUGGAAGGUCUUGUGAGUGCUGUAGGAACGCCUAAACUGUGCACAGAUUGUGUAGGUGCUAGUACAGUUUAUUCUAAUGGAUUCCAUGACAGCAGUGGUUCUCAAACCAGUUCUCAUGGCCCACCAACAAUCACAAAAAUAAAUAAAACUUUCUGACAGAAAAUUCCUUAGAAAUUCACUAGGUAUUAACUUGAGAACAGUUAGAUUACCAAUCAAUAAACAGUUUGAGAACUGACUUUUUCAGAAAAAUUAAAACACAAGUUCCAACCUACAGUUUGUCAAUUUAGCAACAUUCUUCCAUAUCAUGUUUAAUACGAUCAAAUUAUUUAACUAGUUCUAAAGUUAAUGUGUCAUCACAGCUUCUAAAAAUAGAAUGAACACAAAAAUGGUGAACUUGGGACAGGUGAACUCUUCUGAUCUGUAUUAAGAUGAAAUCAUUCUGCACAAAUUGUUUAUCUCUUCAUCUACAGUUGCAAGAAAAAGUAUGUGAACCCUUUGGAAUGAUAUGGAUUUCUGCACAAAUUCGUCAUAAAAUGUGAUCUGAUCAUCAUCUAAGUCACAACAAUAGACAAUCACAGUCUGCUUAAACUAAUAACACACAAAGAAUGAAAUGUUGCCAUGUUUUUAUUGAACACACCAUGUAAACUGUUACGGUACCCUCAGCAUGAAAUGCACAAACCGCCGUUUAGUUAAUGCUCCCCGUUCGCAAUAACCCAGGCUGCAUGUGUAUCCAGUAUAAUCAUACGAACCGCAAGCAAGGGAACGCUGUAAACUCACGAACGGGGUCCGUACGGACACUUCACUUCACGAGCUCCAAACUCACAAAUCGCUAAUAGCAGCCGAACUCAGGUAUCUCCCAAGCGGCUAAUAAUUCCAUCCAGCAGUCUCUAGUUGUCGGUAAUAAAUCCCCCCAAUAACGAGACCAAGCUCCGCAUUGAGGGUAAAACAUGAACUGGCUUUACUUUGGGCUACCUGGCCGUAUUUAUGCAGGUCUCCCACUUGAUGGACACUCCCCUAGGGGACCAAAUGGGAGACUGUGACAACAGAUAGACAUAUGGCAGUUCAGGACCCACAGACACAGAAUAUUCCCAGCAUGCAAUAGUAAUUCCUCCCCUCUGCCCUGGAGAGAAUUGAGAAGUAAUUCAAUUAUCUCCAGGACAGAGGCAAAUCGCCAUUUUACAUUCAACACAUAAAAACACAUAAAAAUAUAUAACUUUACAUUUGUCGAAUGCUACCCAUUCAUAUCACAUAUCCCCAGAUAGCCUGGAUCUGAGUGCAUAUUAUUGGUGAAUAGUGCUCAGAUCCCAUACGCAUAGUUCAAUCGCCAUGGAGUCAUAGUCUAGUACAGUUCUUCGGUAUGCGAUUGACUCCAUGGGAAGGCUAUCUGGGGUAAGUCCAUUCGUGCCUUUAAACCUCCUGAACGGCCGGUGUUCGCACACUUCUGUCGAUUGAGAAGGGAGGUCGGCGGCUUCAGCGGUGUUUGGUUGAAAAAGUGUCCGUUUUCAGUUCCAUGAAAUAAAUGUUGAACACCGCUGGUCUUCCGCAUGGUUUAAAAUGGCCGCCGCCUCGUGGUCGACAUACGAACGACGACCACCCUGUAUUCGGUUUUAAUUGAGAAGUGUCUGUGGUUAACCGCAACGUUCUAAUUGGGAUCAAUAGGUUAACCAGCAGCACAUUUCUCUUCUGGGUGGCCGUCCAUUCGGCAGUUCCGUUCGGCAGAAAAGUCCAUUCACUUAAACAAGGCAUACGAACGGGUAAAUUCAUGAAAAAGGCAAAACAGACGAAUCCAGCAAUCUUAGUCCAUACAUGGAUCUGUCACAUAAACAUUCACAGUGCAGGUGGAAAAAGUAUGUGAACCCCUAGACUAAUGACAUCUCCAAGAGCUAAUUGUAGUGAGAUGUCAGCCAACUGGAGUCCAAUCAAUGAGAUGAGAUUGGAGGUGUUGGUUACAGCUGCCCUGCCCUAUAAAAAACACACACCAGUUCUGGGUUUGCUUUUCACAAGAAGCAUUGCCUGAUGUGAAUGAUGCCUCUCAGAAAAGAGCUCUCAGAAGACCUACGAUUAAGAAUUGUUGAUUUGCAUAAAGCUGGAAAGGGUUAUAAAAGUAUCUCCAAAAGCCUUGCUGUUCAUCAGUCCACGGUAAGACAAAUUGUCUAUAAAUGGAGAAAGUUCAGCCCUGCUGCUACUCUCCCUAGGAGUGGCCGUCCUGUAAAGAUGACUGCAAGAGCACAGCGUAGACUGCUCAAUGAGGUGAAGAAGAAUCCUUGAGUGUCCGCUAAAGACUUACAAAAAUCACUGGCAAAUGCUAACAUCCCUGUUAGCGAAUCUACAAUACGUAAAACACUAAACAAGAAUGGAUUUCAUGGGAGGAUACCAUAGAGGGAGCCACUGCUGUCCAAACAAAAAAUUGCUGCACAUUUACAGUUUGCACAAGAGCACCUGGAUGUUCCACAGCAGUACUCACAAAAUAUUCUGUGGACAGAUAAAUCCAAAGUUGAGUUGUUUGGAAGAAACACACAACACUAUGGACGGAUUGCUAUCAUCGAAGGAAAAAUGAAUUCCCAAGUUUAUCAAGACAUUUUGCAGGAGAACAAUCUACCAGCUGAAGCUCAACAGAUGAUGGCUGUUGCAACAGGACAAAGACCCAAAGCAUAGAAGUAAAUCAACAACAGAAUGGCUUAAACAGAAGAAAAUACACCUUCUGGAGUGGCCCAGUCAGAGUCCUGACCUCAACCCGAUUGAGAUGCUGUGGCAUGACCUCAAGAAAGUGAUUCACACCAAACAUCCCAAGAAUAUUGCUAAACUGAAACAGUUCUGUAAAGAGGAAUGGUCAAGAAUUACUCCUGACCGUUGUGCACAUCUGAUCUGCAACUACAGGAAACGUUUGGUUGAAGUUAUUGCUGCCAAAGGAGGUUCAACCAGUUAUUCAUUCCAAGGGUUCACAUACUUUUUUCACCUGCACUGUGAAUGUUUACAUGGUGUGUUCAAUAAAAACAUGGCAACAUUUCAUUCUUUGUGUGUUAUUAGUUUAAGCAGACUGUGAUUGUCUAUUGUUGUUACUUAGAUGAUGAUCAGAUCACAUUUUAUGACCAAUUUGUGAGGAAAUCCAUAUCAUUCCAAAGGGUUCACAUACUUUUUCUUGCAACUGUAUAGAAACAUAGAAACAUAGAAUGUGAUGGCAGAUAAGAACCAUUCGGCCCAUCUAGUCUGCCCAAUUUUCUAAAAUGUAUAGCAUUUUAAAAUGUACAAAUGUCCAUCUUUAAUUAUCAUGUACUUGAUAAUCACAAUGGAAUUUUACAAUAAUAUCAAUCUCUAUAAAUAUAUAGGUGCCUAAAAUAAUAAAAACUGAAAUUCUGCAAAAGUGACAAUGGUAAUAUUAAAUUUAAUCUGACCAUUUCAUCUUUUAGUUUUCAAAAUGUAUCUCAACUUUUAAAAACCUAUAGAUGUUUAUGGUAACAAAUCGUCAUUUCUUUUUUUUUUGUGAUUACAUACUACAUUACAUUAAAACAAGGCAAUGACAAAAAAAGCAUAUCUCGUAUAUUAUGGUAAAAUGUGAUUUUAAAUGAAUCAAUCAAAUGCUGCAAUAAGGUAUCAUUGACACUAGAGGGCAAUGUUGACUCAUACAGGAAUUCAACACAGCAAAAGCAUGUAAUAACACAAAAAAUCACAAAGGGAUGAGCUAAUACUCUUCUUAUAUUGGCACUCACAUCCAUGCUAGAACUACUCCCAUUGUGAUUUAUAGAGCUUUAUUAUGACUGCAGUGCUAAAACUUACCUAGUGUUAAAAUAAGAACACAUCACACUGAAUUCUAUUAACUCGACUGAAGAAAAAAAACUGUGAUUCCAUAUAUUGUGCUUUGUUACGAUUUUCUCAACCAGCUCUCAUGAAAUCUAAUUCCCUGCACAGUAUUUUCAUAUAUGUGUAACCCCUGUAAAUCAGGCAUAUGACACAAUUAUCAAUUGAUCAGGUAAAUUAAUAAUGUAUUUAAUGAGAUUUCAUUGCAGUAAAACAUGCUGGCAUGAUUUUCUAAUUGUAUGAUAAAGAAUCGUUUACUGGAAUCAUUAAUACUCUAUCUUACCCUUGAAAGAUAUAAUUAUUUAUAUUCCCUCCCUUAGAACAGAGCUUUGUUACUGAAGUGCUUAAGCUAAAUAUUUUAAAGAACUCUGUUUGCAUAUUUGGAAGUGUUUAACCCUUAAUAUCUUUUACCUCGUUUCCACUGAGCGGUACGGUUCGAGACGGUACUGUUCGGAGGGGUUAGAAUCAUUCAAGCCUAUUCAGGUGAGCAUUUCCGCUGCAAGUCGGACCGCCAGGGGGGUUUGCAGGGUUUAGACCAAAUGCCUAGCGUGGCGUCAUACUAGUGCGACGACAAGAAACGUGACGCUACAAAGAACAACAAUGUAGGUCAUCCAGCAGCUCAUCUUUGCUCUGCUUGGCUUUUGGUUCUUUGUAGUUACAAUACAUGCCGCAAUGUAUUAGAGAAGGUUGUGAACGUCGAAGAAAAACACAGUCGAAAAGAGAAGAAAACAUCUGGCUUGGGUCAUAAGCCGGGAAGAGAAGUACACCUUUGUGCGGCAAAGACAAAGACUGCAGCGCUACAGGGUAAGAAACUUUAUGCCAUGCGUUAUCAUAUUUGUCAUGUAGUUCUACUCAUGUGUUAACUAACUUAAAUAUUAAAAAAUAAAAAAAUACAGAGUAUGAAAAAAUUUAUUAUAAGACGGGAAGGAUAUACAUGAUGUAUUUAACAUACAUUUUGCACAUGUAUGUUAAAUUGUACAUUUCAAGUAUUACACCUAACAUAAACACUCCUUAUCUAUGUUGCUCGCUUUAAUACAUGAUGCUAUUUGUCUGUGUAAAAUGUAUUGUGUUGUAUUAUAUUUGACUUCAUAGUUAUAUAGUGAAUUAAGUUAUCUGUAUGAUCUGUGUUUUGUUCUUUUUUAGAUGCUUCUCCUUUUGUUAAAGCAGUUCCGCCGACCAGUCAUUUGGGAUCUCCGCCGCGCCAUUGA